CAUUCUCCUUUCAUCAGAGCCCACCCACCUGCCACAUACUGAACUUUUCACUGGAGAAUUCAGUCAUAGAAACCUUAAAGAUAGAAGGUAAGAAAAUGUCUUGAAUCCCACCUUAGCCCUCCUGCUGCUUUUAUAGAUUUUAUUUUAUAUAAUUGUAUCGCAGCAGAAAAAAAAAGAUGAGCGUUACAUUUAAUAUUGUGAGUAAAGAAAUGUUGAAAAAGCACAACUUUUUUUCUUCUUCCCGUCUGUAUUGGCUCCAAGUUUUACUCCCUAUUUGUUUUUCUUAUCUGCCAUUUCCUAAACAUGUAAAACUGUAACGACACCUUUCUCAAUUGCCAUAUUUAAGCAUUCUAAAUAAAGAUUUUUUUUUUUUAAAUAGCAUGGCUAUAGAUAGCAGCAGCCAUAUGGAUGUCUGGCACGGGAUUGAGAAUGGUUUUGUUUUUCUAUCCAAUAAACUUGUGAUUGGCCAGAGCCAGUGAUGGUCAGAAAUCAAUCAGGGAAUUGCAAACUGGAAGAAUUAUUAAAGUCAGGUAGUUUUAUAUGUCACAUAUUUUGGCUUACAAUUCGUAAUUGUAUGAUCCGUUAGAUGUGCAUUUUAGCCAACUUGCUGUGUUUAUUGUUUGCUUAUUUAAAGUAUCUUUUUUAAACAAAGUAAAGAGGAAUCAAUUGUAGCUACUGCCCUAUUAUCCCAUUUAAUGUACCUUUUCCUUCCUGCCCUAAAUCCUGUCUGAUUCACGGCUUCUUUAAUGUAGUUUUUUGUUUACUGCAAGUAUUUGUUUUUAGUUCAUGCCAACAUUUCCCAGAGACAGUUCCUUUAACCCUCUGCAAUUUAGCACCUUCAAGGUACCUUAUAUAUGCAUAUUUCUACAGCUAGCCUACAGGGAACCGUUAGUAAUAAUUGUUUAUCCAUAUAACUAGUAAUAACACUGUUGAUUCACUGAUAACCAUCUGUGUAAUCAUUUAAGUUGUUUAAAUGGUUUAUAGUAUGAUGGUAAAUAUAUUAACUCUUUAAUUGCCUAGUACUUUUCUUUUUGUUAACCUUUUGUAUUUGUUGAACCAGUUGCUACAGUUAAGUGGUUAAUGCAUUAGGGAUACCCAUAGUAUGUCAGCUUGACUGUUCUCUCCUCUCCCUCUGCUGGUACAUUCCACUGCCUGUGCUUGCAUGCAAGACAGUCACCUCCCUUAUAACUAUUUUAAUCAUUUCAGAGAGAGAGAGGAGGGAGAGUUUGGGUUAGCAGCCAAUAUACUCGGGUGGAGUUAACCAAUUAUAAGUAAGCAGUGAACAUAGUCUCUCCCCCUCCUCUCAGGUCCAACCCUACCCGUACAGUUAUGCAGAGAACUGCUACGCUGCAUAGAAUAUUACAGUACACACUCCCAUGCUUGCUAUUUCUGGCUAGCAUCCCGGUAACCAGCAUUAACAACGUCUCUGGAUCCCACACCACUUGUUUUUCCUCUCUGCUCCCUUUCCAGCUUGAACACAAUCAAAACUUUGCUUUAUAAAGCAGUCGUAAAACAUGGAGGAUACAACCCUGCAGAUAGUUGAGCAGCCCACCACCCCGGAAACUCCACCAGAAGAACCAAUGGACAGUGAGCCAAUCAAAGCCGAUCAGAUCAAUGGGGUCUUGGUGCUAAGCUUGUUGGAUAAAAUCAUAGGAGCGGUGGACCAGAUUCAAGUGACCCAAAACCAGCUGGAAGAGAGGCAACAGGAGAUGGAAAAUGUAGUAGGCAGCAUUCAAGGAGAACUUACCAAGCUGACAAAGUCCCACGCCACCACCAGCAAUACAGCUAGCAAACUGUUAGAGAAAGUGAGGAAGGUUAGUGUCAACGUCAAGACGGUGAGACAGAACCUGGAGAGACAGGCAGGACAGAUAAAAAAGCUAGAAGUCAAUGAAUCUGAACUGCUGAGGCGCAGGAACUUCAAAGUUAUGAUCUACCAGGUGAGAACAUAUCUUGGUGGGUGGUUAUUUUUGACAUAGAUCCUUGUCAUUCUCUUUGUUAAAAGAGACAUUCUUUUAUCUGUUCCGUCUAACAUUAUAACUCACUUUUAUUAUGCAUGCAUUUUAUUGUCUUUAAUUUUAUGCUGAGCAUAUCAGUGAAUUAUUCACAGUAAAGUUAUAAGCCUGUCUAAGUUACUAUGGCUUGCCUUGACUGGUUUGAGUCUUGAACCCAAAAUAUUUUAUUAGCAAGUUCAAUUUAAAAAAGAACUAGUAAUGAUUUAUUGGCUAUAUUAUUAAAUACUAAAAAUACUCAUACAAAUAUAUUCAGAGGUAGGCAACCUUUGGCACACCAGAUAUAUUGUACUAUAUCUACAUGUAAGAAUUAAGUGAGAGUCAAAUCAAAGUGCAACAGCAGUUUAAAUCUCUUAUUGUUUUAUUAAAAAUUCCAUCCUACAUACUUUGCCAUUCAUUUAUACUAUCUGUUCAUGCUGGGAAAGAACAGGUAGGGCGCUGUCCCCUCUUUAAAAGUAGAGCCUUAGAAACUGUCUCUCUUCAUAGUGGAUAUUACGAGCUACACUCCAAUCAUCCUGUGAUAAUCAGUGGUUCUAGCAUUACAAAAACCUAAAAGGCGCUAGCAGGAAAAUCACAAAUUCAAUAUCAUCAGAACAUUAAUUUACAAUGCUAAAAUUCAUAAGGUUUCAUUAAGAUCACUAUACCUUCACUAGUCAUAGUAACAGAGGGAUACAUAUAUAUGUAUUAAAAAAUAACAGUUUCUGCACUCUACCCAAAUAUUGUGCAAUCCACGUUCGUAUUCACUUCAAGAAAAUAAAGGUGUACUUACAUAUAUAUACAAAUAUACACUUUUUUAGGCACUGAAAAAAACAUCAUUAUUUACUGAAUUGCAAAGAUCCUUUUUUUCCUGUCUCAUUGCUUUUACCCUGCCCCUACUCCUACUUAAAACAUCAUUAACCCUUUUGUGAGCUAAUGAUUAUCAUGUCAAAUUAGUGCACACCGGUUUGAGAGAUUGGAAUAAUUUUUUUCCCACCUGAUAAAUUGACAUUGAAACUGUAAAAUUUAGGUGCAGGAAACAUUUUCCAAUUUUGCUUUGACUUGACUUGUCUGGUCCACAUUUUGCAAUUAAUUUGUUAAUAUACCACAAUUCUUGGAUUAGUGAUCACUCUUGCCUUAAGGGUGUGGACUUGCGUCUUGUGCCAGAUAUUUGCACUGAGGCUCAACUUGGGGUGGGUUCUGCUUUGUAGUCUAUUAAGAUACUAAACUUAGGUGGAAGAGAUCUAGUAUAAAAUGAACUUUAAUAGAUUUACAUAACGAAUGCAAGGAUCACCUCUAUGAAGACCAUUUAUUUAUUAAAGAUCAAGAUGCUUAAACAUUUCAAGUGAUUUGUUUGAUAUUUGGUGAGAUAGCCCAUCUAUAGCCACACUUUACCAGAAAGUCCUAAAUGAUAAAGGGUCCCAAUAAUCCACUACUAACUAGGAGGAAUGCAAUCUCCAUACCACGUGUUGGAGAGUAUAGAUUAAUAAUAAUGCUUAGGGUCUUUGAGAUACCUCCUCUAUCCUGAGUGCUCAUUAGCAGUGUGGUGAAAGUAGUAAGUCCAAUAGCUUUAUCUGCCCCUUCCCACCUAUCUUGUGUGCUGUGAGAUUGGGGUAUACUGUCGAGUAAACCAUGGAGCCCUUACCUCUUGGUCUACUAACAUAACCGCCUUCCAAUAAUGUCCUCCAGACAAAUACUGUGCAGGGACGUACACAUGACUUACAAAGUAAGUCUUCUAUAAAUAAUAUUUUUUUUAAAGUCUAUAUAUUCUCAAAACACCAACAAUCUAUGCAAUUUUAUGGGCCUUUCCUAAACAGAUUUCUUAAAGGAACAUUAUAGUGUCAAGACUACAAGCAUGUAUUCCUUACACUAUAGUUUUCAAAGUAAAUUUUAGGUUUCCGGUCCCUCCUUACCCUAGUUAAAAAAGUAAAACAUUCACCCGCCCCUGUUCCGCCUCCUUGGCUGAGAUCAUCAAAAUUAAUGAUCUCAGCCAAUCCAAUGCUUUUCCAUAGGUAAGCAUUGGAAAGCUAUUGUGCAUGCGCGGCAAAACGCAACACCAAUCAGCAUCUCUUCAUAGAGAUGCAUUGAAUCAGUGCAUCUCUAUGGGGAACAUUCAGCUCCUCCAUACAGAGCGUGAAGACUCUUAACGUCAGUGCUGCACAUUUUGCAGCAUUGACCCAGGAAGCAUCUCAAGUGACCGUCUGAGUGACUGCCACUAGAGAUGUUCCUUGGCAGUAUUGUAUUGCAAACACUGCUUUAUCUCUGAAAAUGCAGUGUUUACAUUAAAAUGUCUGCAGGCACCCGAUAUAGCCAUCUGAACUACUUAAUUUAGCUGUAGUUGUUCUGGUGACUAUAGUGACUCUUUAAUGCUGAUUGCCCACUGCACUGCAGGACUUUAUCUAACAGAUAAUAAGAAUGCAAAUCAGUUAGUUCAAGAUUUUGUAAGAUGGCUUUUUUUAAAAUUCAACUUAAGUCGAUAUAAUUUUUUUUGCUAUUAACAAAUAGAAUGAGUACGGGCCUAGGUUCCAGCCUGAACUGAUAAUUAAUUUUAUUUAUUUAUGUAUUUAUAAAAUAUUUUACUAGGAUGUAUACAUUGAGAUUUCUCUCGUUUUCAAGUAUGUCCUGAAAAGUCAGUAAAAAGACUAAAUUAUUCAGCCCUAUUAUCAUUGUGUAGAAUGCUUGUGGAGCUUAUAAAGCUUUAGGUGUUGCUGUGUCUUAAGAAAUUUAAUCUGAAACCUAUCUGAAAACAAUGCACAGAUAUUUAUAACUUUUGCCAAACAGAUGGGGUUAAACAUAAACAUUCAAAGAGUGAAUCAGACUGAACGUCUGGAUCCUAAAGACCGUCUUCAUUUGUAGCUAAAGUUAUUAAAAGUCUCAAACAUAGCUCAUUCAAGUCUGUGAUUAAACAUAUCCACUGGCAAUUCUAUAUUAGGCUAAAAAAGAAAUCUAGCUCAAAAAUAGCCAGCAAGUUUUUUUUUUUCGUUUUUUUUUCCAGUCCAUUUAUAUACUUGCAGAGUUACUCAAAUUGUCGGGAUUACAAAGAGAAUUCAGCGUGAACUUUAAAGGGAUGCUCCAACAAACAAAAAACAAAGGAGUGCUUUAAGACACAUUGUUUUCAGUUAGCAUAACUCACUCCAAAAAAAUAAAAAGUAAAAAAAAGAAAAUAGCUUAAACUCACCUUCCUUUCUAGCACAGAUGCGCCCUCAGCCCAGUCCUCCAACAUUGAUGCCACCCCCUCUUGAAGGAGGGAUAUCAGGCAGGAUAGGCAGAGGGAGGACAAGCGUGGCAUAGAGGGCGACAUACUGCCAUUGACUGUCUUUUGCCAGCAUGCUGUGUGUCCUGACAACAGAUGCUCAAUUUGCACAGAAUUCACAUUAGCCAGCCUAUCGACAUUGGUGGCUAAGGAUGCACCAAUAACACUACCAGAUGUAGAGUAUCACCUAUAGCCGCAGAGGGGUUAAACUUUGUGUGUGCAGCAUUUCAUAGUGAAACGGUCAUGGUGCUUGGAGUAGCCCUUUAAUGCCAAAAUAGCCGAACUGGAAAAAUUCUCCAAGUCAGCUAUGCUUUUAGUUUGGCCACAUUAACCAUGAAUUUAAAAUUUACUUUGAAUUCCAAUAGAGUCUUAAGUGAAUAGCACUGUAGAUGCUCUGUAUUAUUACAUGAUUUAGCCUUAUCAGCACUGGGAUCUUUCCCUCACUCCUCCUGGUUUGUCCUGCCUUUACAUUUAGACUGUUUCACAUAUUUUUAUUUAUCUUUGCACACAAGUAUAUACAUGUUUACAGAUACAAAAAUAUAUCACCUUCAGUCUGCUGAGAAUUUACUAAUUUGUUAUGUCUGUAUUGCUCUUAUGAAAUAGUCCCUCAGUGUUAUAUCCCUGAAUGUAUUCAGAUUGACAUUGUAUAAAUUACCAGGGGUUCUUGAAAAUUCACCGUCUCCCUGAGGGCUCGAAUUCUACAUAGUGCUACUGUAUCAACGUUUAAUAGGAUACACAUACAUUAAAACAAAAACAGACAAUAUGAGAACACUGAGAACAGCAAAAGCUCACAGAGACCUCAAUAGUUUGCCAUUGGGCUAGUCCCCACUCAGGUCUCAAAAAUGUCUUUGGUUACUUGUGCCAUUAGGGCAAUCCAGAUCUACAUUCCAUGCUCACUAUACACUGAUUUCUAUCAGCUACACCUUGCUGACGAGGCCCAAAGAAGGCUGAAACGGUUAUCCGGGGUUGUUGUGUCUCUCCUGCAGAAGAAGCUUGCUGGCAUUUCAGUUCUGGACUGCCCUUAUGGACGGGAUAAGUCUGAUAUGCAAAUAGUGUAGGUUCUUUCUGUAAUGGCACAAGUGAGUAAAAAUUUUUCGAGACCUGAGUGAGCACUGAUGGAAGGUCAAGCUAUUAAGGUUUCUCUGAGCUUUUUACUUUUCUCAGAGUUCUCAUAUGCUCUUUGUUGUUGCAAUACAUACACAUCAAGCCAGUCGUGCUGUUUAAACAGAUGACAAAUGGAAAAUAUACAUAGAAGGGUUGUAUGUUAGUAUAACCAAAAUCCACGUACAAAAUAAUCCCAGCUUUCUAUGAUCUACCAUAUCAAUGCUGACGAAAUCCAUGCUUCUGCAUUUUCUCUGUCUGCUUUCAGGACUGUGUGCAAAUGAAAGGGAAAAUAUUGCAACUUCUAUAUAUAUGGAGUGAAGCAGCUAGAUAUCUCCUUUAACAAUUAACUUUGUUAAAUAUAUAUAUACUGCUUGCUUUAAAUUUAUUGCUGCCCGAUAGGACGCAUGUUUUGAUAAGUGUCAAUCUGAAAAUUAGUCAAAGCAAAACUGCAAUUCUGGUCUUUUCUUAUAACCUAUAGGCGAUGAAGGUGAAUAUUGCAUCAGUUAUUACAAUGAAGUAUUACAGUGCUUUACAAUGAAAAAGAAAUAUUAGAGGUGAAAAAAGCCGGGCUGAAACGAGUUUGCAAUCUAUGAGGGCGCUGCUGGUACGGAACUCCGCAGGGGCUGCUCCCAUCAAUCAUGCAGAUCUGACGCGCAGCCUGCUUCCUUACAGCAAUAGGAACACUGCAUGCUCUGGGGAUGAAUGCUUAAAUACACUCAACUUGCGCAAUGACACUUUCAGUCCACGAUUGGCCGCGUCACCAAGGCAACCUUGCUUUUUUGAGGGGUCAUAGGGUGACGUGGGCCAAUCAAAACCUUGCUAAUCCUACUUAAGCUUCUUUUGCCCCUAGUUCUGGGCCCUAUUGUGGUUUCUGUUUUAGUUCCUGAAUAGUGCAUUCCUUAUUCACUUCUGUGUAUUUCCUGCUUUGAUCAAUUCUGACUACCUCUGUAUCCCUGACAACUUGUCCAUUUUUCCUCUAUUCUGUAAAUCUGAUCGUGUAGAACCUCCAGUUGCCCUCAUAUCUGUUAUCCUGACCUUAGCUUGUACAAUCUAAGGUCCGGCAAUAUGUCCAGAUCUGUUUCUUCUGCUGGGUGUAUUUACCAUGACAGAGGGUUUGAGAUAGACAGAUAUAUAUGGCUCUGUUUCUUGCCUAAGGACACUUACUGGUAAAGUAGUCCAACUGGGAUUCAAAAUCUGGAUUUUGAAUUCCUAAUGCAGGGAAUUUACCACUGCUAGAGCCAACAUUGUUCACUUUCCUAAGUUAAAUUGUAAAGGCCCUAGGUUCCAGAUAAUCCGAUUUCGGGACUAACUCAAAUGGGGUUAAGAGGGAAAAAAAGCGGUGAUGAAAAGUGAGACUCUGUACUGGAAUAAACAAUGUGCACCUGUAAACAGUGGAUUUCAGUAAGCUUUACAGACACUUUCACAGCUAUGUUUGGCCUGAAUGAUACACAGCUGAAAAGUCCUUUACCAUUACCAUGGGCAGGAUAAUGGGCACAUUGGUCGAACGUCAAUGAGAUUUGCAAGCUCUCCCACAAAUUGAGCCAUUGCCUUGUAACAUACUUGUGGAGUAAUUUGUUUUAUGCAUUGUGAAUUAUGACACACCUAAUUUUAGAACACACCACAUUGAUGGGAAAGAAAAAUAUACUAGUUAUUUGGGUCCACAACUUUAGUAACAAGUACAAAUAAAUAAAUAAAAAUGUUUCUUUUAAAAACAAGUACAAAUAUGAGUAAAAAGUGCAGGAUUUUUAACGUCCAUAAUGUACUACAGGGAGACAAGUAUACAAAGAUGCUUGCCGGGCUUUCGAUAUUCACAUUCACUUGGUUUGUUACAACCCUUCUAACAUACUAUACUUGUUACAAUAUAGUAUAUUCUUUUGUAAGUAUGAUUGAGACUUUGAUGUUCUACGUGUGAUGCUCUUUGCAGGAAUGGACAAUGAAUGGACAAAGCAGAACUUUUUUUUUAACAUAUUCAUUCAGUGUUUCACUACCUCUUCUAAGCAAUAUAAUAGGAGUUUGCUUGAAACCUGAGUCUGCAUGUGUGGUUUAUAUUAUAGUCAUAACAAGAGUAUAAACAGACGCUUUUAUGAAGUGCUAGCUUAGUUAAGAUAGGUAUUGAAAUAAAAUGCCACCAGGUUGAUUUUGGCAUACUGAGUUAUCAUCUGCGUUACCCAGGAUGCCCAAACCGACAGUUACUGUGACAUGAGCUGUGAUUAUAAUUACAGAGAUGUCCAUGUAUCGGCAAGUAUCGCCAGGGAGUUAUUUUUUAAGGCUGUCAGUGAGUUCCGCGGUGCACUCCUUGGCUGCCUUUCGUCCUGAGGAGCUGGGGUCGUCCUGAGGAGCUGGGAUCGUCGUUGGUUGAGAGGCAUCCUGUUCCCAGGCUUGGGGGUGACCCUCGCGGAGUACCCAGGGGUCCAACCGUAUUCUGCAGUCUCAGAUCGCUGUGUCCACAGUACCCGGUCAGUAGGUGAGUACGGGUGCGGUGCUUUGCAGCCCAUAGUGUCCAGGUGCAGGUAGCGAUAUGCUGGAGUUGGUGUGUAGUAAGGACCUCUCCGGGCUCUCCUCCAAUGUUGGUCUGUGGGUUUGGUGGUAGGAAGUGAGUUAGUCGCGUCGCUGUCGGCCAUUUUGUGAGGGCCGCAUGGUAGCCUUAAACUGUCGGCGCUGGGUCGCCCAGGCUUGCCGCCAAGAUGUUUGUUUGCCUGGUGGGGACCGGGAUAACCCCCGCCGGUCCAAAGGGGGGGUGAACGGAGCCGGGAGGGCGCCAUUCGCAUUGCGAUUCUCAUUACCCGGGGCGGAGAGCGGGGCAGCGGCCGUCCGCUCCACUCCCCUCCCGUGUAGGCCUCAGUCCACCAGCCCUGGAGCAUCUCACCAGGACCCAGAACCACCCGGUGUCAGGUGCUCUAGCUACACUGGGACACUCCAGGAGCAUAUACCACAAACUUCCAGGGCAUUCCAAGUUGAGUAAGGUGGGUUUUGUCAACAUUAUUAGCUGGAUUCCUCAGGAGCCAUAGUGACUUGCAGCCUGCUAGCAUGGCCGCCCGGCCCCGCCCCCCCAAAGCAGAACUUUUAACAGAAUUAUUGUCCUAGUCUCUUUUACAUUUUGACCCCAGACACAAUCUGACUUUCGCCCACACGCUUCAGAGACUUGGACAUGCAUUCUGUAACACCACCCACUACUUUUCUCCUUCUUCUGACAUUUAUAAAUUACAAAGAUGUAAUUUCACAAAACGUAUUAAUGGAUUUAACAACCCUUUUAAUGCAUUAUAUAUUUGAAAAAAUAAUCAAAAAUGCAUUAAAAAAAUUAGAAAACACUUGACAAUCCCUCUCCAAAUUUAUUCUAAAAUCUAGAACUAAUGGAAUUAUCUCAGCAAAUUAGUGCUCUCCUACUUAAAUAAAUGAUAGAAGCACUGCACAUACAUGCAUCUAGCUCGCAUUGUACUCAUGGUAACUGCAUCCUUAUUGAAAUGAAUGAAAGAAAGUCACUGUAUAAGCAGUACUACCACAAACACUUUUACUUACUUUUAAAGCAUUUACAGCUGUUUUUAUGGAUUUGCAUUUGUUUGUCAUGGUUUUUCAUACAUUCAGUGAACGUAUCCAUUCCAUAGAAUUCUUUUUGCGUCUAGUAGUCCUUUCCAAUAAAUGGAAUUUGGAAUCUAUGCCAGUUUUCUCUACAGUUGUUUUAUGAAACUUGUGCAGCUUAGGCUAAGCACAUUACUAGUACAUUUUAAGCACCAUAGCUACAACAGUUUUUUGUAGUGAUCAUGGUGCUAUGAGUCUAUGGACAGCAUCCUUUGGUUUUCUUCUAAAUAAUUUAUGAGCUGCUUGACAAAAAAAACAAAAUCAGGGAUUCCCCCAGCACCCACAGCCCACGCUCUCUGGAGCUACACUGUCAUGUAGAAGUCUUAAAAGUCAAGCCUACCAAAUUGCAGUGCUGUCAGCAUUUCCAAGAUGGACACUCACUUUAUAAGGAAUGACAUUUCAAUUCAAGGGGGCAGGAUGUUGGUUGGGAUCCCUCCUUUGGUCAAACAGAUCUAUAAUGCUUUGAAAGAAAACCAAGGGAUAGCAACUAUAGACUCAUAACACCAUAACCACCGCAAUGAGCUGUUGGGCUUAUAAUGCUUAGAGUGCUCCUUAAAGCAAGACUCUUCACUUUACCAUAAGCUCAAAUAUUUGUUAAGUUAUCCAAAUACCUAAAGUGGCCUUUCCUCAAAGGAAUGCCUGUAUUUACUUCUCUCAAAUAAUGGAAAAGGCUUUUAAAUUGCAAACAUUCGGGCUUACACUAUAUUGAACCCAAGUAUGCUAUCACAUGACCUUUUUGCAGUCGGUGCAUGUUAGGGUAUUGCUGUCUCUUGCACCACUAUACAGAGGGAGAAGUUGAAAUUAUCCCAUCAUAAUAGGAAAAACCUCUCCAGCUUUAUAUAGUAAAUGCACUCAUCUAAAAGUAUAUCUUUUAUACAUUAACUAUUUAGAAGAACGCUGUUAUUGGACAUUUUGUCUUUCUGAGUUGGACAGUUUCUAGCAUUCCAUGCCUUAAUGGGUCUUUGUGUUGUUCUAAACAUAUAAAAACAUAUAAAAACAAGCAGUCCACCGGAACGCCUGCAUUAAGCAGUGCACAUAGACCUGUGAGGUAGGCAUGGGAAUGUGAUUACAAAGUGAGCAAUGCAUGUCCAAUGCAUGUAUCAACCACAUAUCUUAAAGUAAGACAUUUCAUAGAAAUCUGAAAACCUCUGCCGUGCAAAAACAAAAGGCCAAUAUUAGGGAAGUGUAAAGAGUGUAUGUGUAUCUAUCUAUAUAUAUAUAAUGCCAAAAUACACGAGUAUUGCAGUAUGCAAUGAUACCUUUUUUAUGGGACUAACAUAAUCUACAAUAUAUAUAUACACACACACAUACAUACAUACAAAAAAAAAAACUUAAAUGUAACUAUAUACAAAAAAAUAUUAAAUGUACCUAUAAUGCAGUGUUGGAACCUACUGUUUCACAGAGUUUAACUCCAUGAAACAACACUGGAUGUCCUUACGCUUUGCAUGUGGCGUCUUCUAAACCCCCUUAAGAAAGCAUUGACGCAUGGCGCACAUGCAUAUUAGGUUCCCUCUCGCGAGGAUAGCGGAGACGGCCCUGGAAUAAGGUGUGUGUUUAAAAUGUAUGUAAUCCUUCGAGGGGAGAGUGUUUGGAAUACAGCUUUGUUCCUUUAAGCUCAAAAUAGCUGAGCUGGAAAAAUUGUCUAAGUCAUAUAAACUACUCUGACCUUACAUUUGAGAUUCAUUUUCAAUUCACUUUGAAUUCUCACUUUAAUAAAUAACCUCUAUAGGCAAGUCCAUGGCAGAACGUAAACACUGAAAUGGCAAUGUAUUACUUUCUCAAACAUAAAGGACUCUAUGUUAAGAUUAGUGGUUUUGGUGCUGUGAGCAUCUCUUUAAUACAGGGUACUGAAGGCAUAAUGUUUAUCCUACCUCACAGAAGUAAUGACACAGGUGUGUGUGAAAAAUUUCAUAGAUAAUACAAAGAAAAGUUUUUGUAAGGUCUUACACGAAAUCCAUAACCUGUGCUUUGAUGUAAACAUUUAUUUUGAAUGCAAAUCUUAGACCAGUGAUACAUAGUUUUGCAUGGCAAAGUUUGUGAAUUUAGUUCUCCCAUGAUGCUCAGUCAUCCCAAAAAGAAAAAAUGGCUAAGUAUUGUGAGCAGUGCCAAGAUUAACCAGCAGGUAUAUGGACUGUACAGACAGAAACAUUCUAAUUCAUAAUUUUGUAUUUUUCCAAAUUUACCAACAUCUUAUUUUUUGCCAGAAUACCUAUGUCAUUACUCUCAACAGUAUUGUAUCUGUAUGUGAUUUACAAUAAAAAAGGUGUAGGAUUCUUAUUCACAUAUAAGAAUAAAAUGCUGUUAACAUGAAUAACAAAAGUACCGUAUAUACUCGAGUAUAAGCCGACCCGAAUAUAAGCCGAGGCCCCUAAUUUUACCACAAAAAACUGGGAAAACUUAUUGACUCGAGUAUAAGCCUAGGGUGGGAAAUGCAGCAGCUACUGGUAAAUUUCUAAAUAAAAUUACCGGUAGAUCCCAAUAAAAUUACAUUAAUUGAAUAUUUAUUUACAGUGUGUGUAUAUAAUGAAUGCAGAAUGUGUGUUUGUGUGUUGUGUGUGUGUAUAUAAUGAAUGCAGAGUGUGUGUUUGUGUGUUGUGUGUGUAUAUAAUGAAUGCGGAGUGUGUGUUUGUGUGUGUAUAUAUAAUGAAUGCAGUGUGUGUGUUGUGUGUGUAUAUAAUGAAUGCAGUGCGUAUAUAAUGCAGUGUGUGUGUUUGUGCAGUGUGUGUAAACUGGGUGAGGGGAGGGCAUUUUUAUUUUAAUAUUAUAUUAUUUUAAUAAUAAUAUUUUAUUAUUAUAUUAUUAUUAUUUUAAUAUUUGCAUUAUUUUUUUUUAAAUGGUUUUUUGUCCCCCCUCCCUGCUUGUUGCCUGGCCAGGGAGGGUGGACAAAAAUUUUUUUUUAAAAAAUAAUGGCUGUUGGCUGUUCAGUGGGGGGGCUGACAGAGAGCUGUUACUUACCUUCCUGCAGCUCCUGUCAGCUCCCUUCUCCGACCGUGUAGCUCCUCUGUCAGCUCCGUUCUGCUUACACUUACAUUGUAAGCAGAACGUAGCUGACAGAGGAGCUGCACGGAGGAGAAGGGAGCUGACAGGAGCUGCAGGAAGGUAAGUAACAGCUCUCUGCCAGCCCCCAACAGGACCACCGGGCUUGUAAUGAGCCCGGCGGUCCUGGUCUGUAUUGUGGCAAUUUAAAUUGCCACAAUACAGACAUUGACUCGAGUAUAAGCCGAGUGGGGGGUUUUCAGCACAAAAAAUGUGCCGAAAAACUCGGCUUAUACUAGAGUAUAUACGGUAAAUGCUAAAUGCCAAGCAAAUCGUAGAGAGUUGCACUGAUUGUUUCCUGUCGUUAAGACUGAAACGUGUUUUCACUAUAUAUCAACAAUAUCUUGAUAUCUCAGUUGUUUUAGUGUAUAAUGGGUCAUUGGUUUUGGAGCAUGCCCCAGCUAUACAUUCUAGGCAUACAUUACCAUUUUUAGAACUAUUUUUUGUAGCAACAGUGUCUACACAGUUUGAUUUAUGCAGCAAAGCAAAGCUGCAAAUGUGAAAACCAAAGCUCUUCUUCUUACAUUUUAAUCUUUUCAAACAAUCUCAUACUAUAACACAUGUGGCGCUUAUCUUGGGAUAGACAUUAAGGGUUUUCUAAUCACAUUAUUAGCUCCCCUGAGCGUGCCUGCCUUCCCCUGCCUCCCUAACAGACCUCAGACCUGCUUCAGAGGUGCUCAAGCGGUGCGUGAGUGUGCACGAGUCGCCAUUCGUGCGCGCGUGCACGUGGGGACCAAGUCAGAGGCUUCUCAAUGAGAAGACUCUAAUUGACUAUUUUCCUGUGAAGCGACUGAAAGUCUCUUCUGGGAAAAAGGAGGAGGGUCUUACAAAGGCUGCAGUCAUAAGAACUGCAGCUUUUGUCAUCUAUUUUAGGCUAUAUCCUCAAAUACAUGCAUAAAAAUAUACAUGUAUGUAUUCAUUGGGGUUAUAUCUAAUAAACUGUGAGGGUUUUUGGGGGAUGGGUUGGAAGAGUGGAGUGGUUCUUUAAAUUUGGUCAAGUCAUGCAAUAUGCCUGGGGUCCUCAAACUCUGCCCCCCCCCCCCCAGAUGUUGCUGAAUAACAACUCCCAUGAUUCUCUGGCUAUCUAUGUAAUUCAAAGAAUCAUGGGAGUUGUAGUUCAGCAACAUCUGGGGGGACGGAGUUUGAGGAUCCCUGCACAAUGCUAACGCAACUGACAUACAUGUCAAGAGUUAGGUACAUAACUGAAUAAAUGCAUAACUGAAAAAAAGUAUACAACAUUUGAAUGUCUUUACAGGUCAUUAUACCCUACAGUCUGUUUUGACUAAAAUAAAUAAUGAAUUAAAAAGAUCCAUUAUAUGUUCUAUUAUUAUUAUUUUAUUAUUUAUAUAGCGCCAGCAAAAUUCCGUAGUGCUGUAUAAAGCUUUUCUUUUGUGUACUGUCCCAGAUCUAUAAGCCAAUUCUUUCCUACCCACAGUUUUUAAGGAAGAUUAGGGGCAUGUGUGUGUUAACCAAGUGGUGGAGAAGGUGGGUUCUCCAGACUCACAAGCAGCAGAGUAACCCCUCACACAAGAGCAGACACCAGCCUACUGGAGGUAGAGCCACACAACAUAUGCCUGUUCUGCCAAUUUAUUAAUCAGACUUCCGAGCAAGUAGCAAGAAAGCUGUUCUGUGUUCUGUGCUUUGACUGCACAGCUCCCUCAUCUCCCUGUACUGACAACGUGAAGCCAGGAUGUAACAUAUAUUCUACAGUUCUCUUCCACCUGAGAAUAUUAAUCAGCUUAUAAGAAAAUAGUGAGCAAUUAAACUGUUCAGUAAGAUUCAAUUUGUUAAAACCACUAUGAAUAUGGGUCACAAAUUCCUUUCUUAAAGUACAUGCCCUACCCAAUUAUGCAAGGGUUUUUUUUAGAACCUUCCUUAAUUCUACUGUGUUGGCUGGAGAUAUAGCAAGGCCUGUCAGUAUAUUUACACUGGCAGACAUUUUGUGUUAAGAUAGAAAUUAAAAAUGUAUACUGUAAGUCAAAAUUAACACAAUACAAAAAGACACACAUUUUUUUUUAUAUAUACUCUAUUCCGCAUUGAGCAGAGGAAUGCGUCUAAUGUAAACAUUGGCAGAGAUAAGACAUUUUUUUUACAUAUUAUUUACUAACGUUAGUGGAAUAUGUGUAAUAGACAUGUAUAAAUCACAUAUGUAACAUUAGUAAGUGCUACACACAGUUUCGCACAAGAAAACCAGACACAGGAUUAUCGAUGACAGAUAACGCUACAGUAAUUAAUAUACUUUUUAAAUAUUAAGGAUCUGAUACAAAGUUCAAUUGUAAGGAAGGGUGAAAUCAAGGCUACAUGUGUCAAAAUUCUAAUUUUAUGACACCAAAACCAGACAGUAAGUCUGGAAAAACAAAAGAAAAGCCUUUGAAGAUUGACAGAUUUUUGACGAAUAGGUAUCAUAAUUAUAGCCCAGAUGAAGUCAAACGCAUCAUGAAAUUCAGUUAACCCAUUAUACAAAAUAGUAAAUGGACACCUUGACAAGAAUUUUCUGUGAUGUAAUUGUGCCAUCUACUUACCAAAAUCCAGAUGAUAGUUUGUAAGACACGCCCACCUUACUCUAUUGGUCACUGUCAACUAGUGAUGUAUAGAUAAAUCCUCCUUUAAAAAUUAAGGACAAAGGAGAGAAACACACUCUCUAACGUCUAAGAUCUAACAGCUCUCAUCUGACUUUCUGUAUCUUUCCCAACUUAACACUUAACUUUGAAAUUCUUCAAAAUUGCGAACUCUGAAACUUUCCCAUCUCCCACAAUUCUCCUUCAUACUUGCAUUCACAAUUCCUGGGACAUAUCUCCAAGCCUGAUAGAAAUUCUACAAAAGAACUGGUAAUUAUGCUGGUUUUUAUUUUAUUUUAUUUAAAUUAAAUUAACUAACUUUUAAAUAAAGCCGAAUAUAUCUGGGCGAAGGUUUCACAGAUGUCAGGUUUCUAACUUAGAAAUCAUAAUUAAUUAAGGAAUAUAUGGUUAUAAAAACUCCAUUCCUGCAGGUGGAAUAAUUAAACAAUAUAUUCACUGGUAAUUUGCCAAAAUUAGAAUACUGAACUUUGUGAGAUGCCGUAUCUGUCUUGUGUUAAGGAAUGUCUAACUGACCAAGCUGAAUUGCUCUGUAAUGAAUCCUGCUGAAAUCUGCAUUUAUACAUUUGUUGCUAAGUGAACUGUUUGUAUUGUGUAAAAAAAACAAAACAUUGCCAUUUCAUAUAAUUAUUUUAUAGUUAAUAAUUCACUGAUUGUUAUCACACUUGUUACAUAUUAUUAUUUUUAUUAUUAUUAUUGUCACAAUAAAUUAUAUUUUUAUAAUUAGUUUGUGAUUAAUGUGUGAAAUAUAAAUCCUCUAAUAAACGUACUUCAGGAUCCAUGAGAAUUAAAAUAGUGGGUGAUUCUCAGCUUUAACUCAAUAAUAAGGGGAACAUUGCUAAUAUGUCAAAUUUUGCUAUAAUAAAAAAAUAUUAAAUUGGGGGCGGGGCCGCCGAAGGGAUCAGACAUGCUUCGUCUGAGCUCCCGCUUCAGGGCCGAAAAUCGGCGAUAACUGGGGGCCAAAUCCUCCCAGCGAGGGGGCGGGGCUGGGCCGCCGGGCCGACUGGAAGCAGACAAGCAUGGCUCUGAGCACGAGCCCCAAACAAAGGCUACAAAACCUAAUAUAACUCACUCUAACAUCGGACAUCUGGGCAUGCUGCAAGAGAGAAGCACCCCAGCAUUAAAAAGACACCUGCAAAGGGCCGACAGCACGCCGGGAACACUAACACAAAUAAAUCCGGCCUACCUGUUAGCAUAAGCCUGACUUCAGACGGUGCUAGAGCAGGACUCAGAGACUGGUGAUCCGCUUGGAUGAACAACGCAUCAUAGAGUCACCUAUCCCCUUGGGGGACCACGCCGGCUCGGGGGCCUGCCCCCCCCCCCCGGCUGGUGGGGGGUGAACCCGGCCUCAUGGGGACGGCACAUGCCGAGGCGGACAUCUCCGCUCGAGCACCACGCUGGUCCCCUGCACUGGCAAGGGCAGUCAGGAAGAGGCCUGCCAGAAUAACAGACCACAGAGACUGUGGAGGCUGACACGGUGGAGAGGGUACAAAGUUCAAGAGGAAGCACCCAGGGCGAGAUUGAAACGAGCCUGUGGAAGCCCAGAAGAAGAAACUGAGCAGCGCAUACAGCAUCGGGGCCUGGCAUGGACGGCUCGCGCAGACUCGGGCAAGGUGGAGCACCAGAUGGAGCCUCUGUGGUGCUCCCGUACCCACAGGAGUAGUGAGUACCCUGGCCUCUAGGUAUGGGGGUCCCUGGAGAGCCAUGUCCCCGCUGCUGUGAGCCCUGUGGAGCAGGAGUGCGCUACCCUGCCGGCGGACCGGUGGCUGUGGAGGCCGCGCACCGGCCCCAAGAGUGAGGCCGGCACCGGGAGAGACAUGGGAGUGCGCGCUGCAGAGGGAACAGCGGGGCGCUGGGGAGGUGCAAGGGACUGGCCGCCCGCGGACUUUUGUGGUGGGGUCUGGUGGACGGUUUCGGCCCACGGCGCCGCGAUGGACCCGGCCGGUGGGCUGGAGGCACUGCAGAGGUGACGGAAGGAGGCUCGGCAUCCCUGGGACUGUGCUGCAGCGGAGACAUGCGGGGCCUCCCUCGGACUGCCAGUCAGGAAUAAUUUUUAUUUUCUAAAUGCUCCCUUUCAUUCACUGGGCAUUCAGUUACUGUCCGCGCCAGAUGGCUACACUCAGUGUUGAAUAUACCCAAGUUCACAAACGAAUAUGCUUCUUAUGUAACUGCUUUGUCGACACUUACUUUGGUGACUUAUACACAUCAGCUUCAGAAUGGAUAUGUUAUGUUGUAGUGCCCCCACGGGCAAAAGCUUGACGCCAUUCAUUAUUGCCUACUUGAAUAGCCAGAAUGUUGUAUUAUACGAUGUAUAUUAAUAUGCAUCACACUCCGGUGACCAAAUUGAUCCCCUGCCGUUGGGGUACGCAGUGAUACCUCCUAAGAUCACACCCGGUACCGACGGAGGCCCGAAGCACGAGGGAGCUUGAGCCAGGAAGAGAUGGCCGCUCACCCGGGUCUCCGGCCGGCGGAUGGCGCCCCGUCCCCCCCGGUCAUCCCGGUCUACACGCAUGCCCAGGUAUGCGCCAAAUUAAGCCUGAGAGCCCCAACACGCCAUCUUAACACAGAAAUGACCGCGCUCAUCUAGUCACAUAUAUCAUGUGUUAACUCUGACAUUCUGAGAAGACGCUCAAGGAACAGGCUCACAUAUAGGCACCCUAGUUUAUUUCUCGAUAAUAUGGGAACCCAUGUACACGUAAUAUAAUUUGUUUGUUUAUGCAUCCCUCUACCAGUAUCGCAUCAAUAGCUAAGGCAUACUUCAGCAUUUGUAUUAUAGGAUGGUCAUUUCUUUUAACACUGCAUUAGUUUGCCUAUAUACUUCAUUACAUGUAUUGCAUGAUCAGCUACAGUUUACUUCAGAUUGGCGCAUUAUAGGAUGUUGUUACCUUUUAUGCUGUAAUGCUUAGAAAUGUAUUCCAGCAAAGUUCAAGUACGCCUAUAUGUUCUGAUCAUUACGCCUCUGCGCAGGUGAUAAUCUGCAUUUAUUCCUAUGUGCUAACAUUUAAGCCUCUACGUAGGCGACCGUUCACCUUAAUGAAUGCUAUAACUUACUGCUUAAGCCCCUGCGUGGGCAACCUCUGGCUUUAUUACGAACCAGUUCGCAAUAUGCACUUAUAUUGCGAAAACAAUAAAAAUAUUCAAAACAAAUCCUCCCAGCGACACACUCCGGUGACCAAAUUGAUCCCCUGCCGUUGGGGUACGCAGUGAUACCUCCUAAGAUCACACCCGGUACCGACGGAGGCCCGAAGCACGAGGGAGCUUGAGCCAGGAAGAGAUGGCCGCUCACCCGGGUCUCCGGCCGGCGGAUGGCGCCCCGUCCCUCCCGGUCAUCCCGGUCUACACGCAUGCCCAGGUAUGCGCCAAAUUAAGCCUGAGAGCCCCAACACGCCAUGGCAUACUUACCAAGCAGCACUCCUCAAAAUGCCCUCCGCACGCAAGCCAUGUGCGUGACCCGCCAGCAUAAUGGAGCCGAGACCAUCCAGCGCCACCCGACCUACUCCAGGGCCGUUCCAGCUGACUACAUAGAGAUCAGCUGUGGUGACUACGAAGAGAGCGGGAACAAAGCGGGGAAGCAAGCAACCGCUACCACCUGCACAAAACAGCCCAUGAAGAGGGAAGCAGUCAGACCCAGAUGCCUCAGCCGAGCUACACAACCUGCACUCAGCCUCCUUCACCAGAUCACCACCUGUCCGGUCCAAGAGGAACAGACAGCAAAGUACAACCUACCAUCCUCACGGACUGGGCCUAGACAAGAUCUUCAGCAGUAUCUCUUAAAUGAACACUCACUCUUAUACCUGCUUUAUGUUGCAUAUCCAUGAGUAUCACGCUAGGCCCCGGACAUACAACCCUCCCUCUGUAAAUUGGCUAACCCCUAUGGUAUGCGAGGCUGCAGGUGGGUCAAAACUACACACAAGCUGAGGGUAAACUAAGCAUUAAUAAAUAAGCCUGCUGACUUGACGUUAUGGCAUUUUGAAUGCAUAUAUAUAUAUAGUGAGAUCCGUGUCCCCAAAGCGUAGUAUGGACCUGUAUUAAACGUGAGAAACUAACCUAACUCAAGCUCUGACCAAACAUGAAUAUAGUAUCAGUGUAUUUGUACAGACGAAACUACAAUGCUACAACUGCUUAUACUCUUAGACCAUAAUUUUAAUUCAAUGCGGUAUUCAUAUGCUUCAACCUGUUUAAAAAACAAAAUUGUACAUGUUUAUCUUGUGCCCUGCUUGUCUCGCGUGGGAAAAGCUAGAGGACUGCCUUUGGGGUACCUCUCGCCUGUUUGUGUUAUAUCUAUGCACUACAAAAAAAAUAAAUAUUAAAUUAAUUUUUAUGAAAAUAUUAUUUUUUAAUAUUUAUCACCCCAUAAAUAUCCUCACAGGCCGUAGUUCACUAAGCUAUAUCAUAGUUCAAUAUAGUAUAUCUUGAAAUUUUGAUUAGUCCAAAUCGUUUAAUCAGAAAAUAAAACCUGGUUAAAAUAACUCUGCAUGCUUAAUUCAGGAGAAGUAUCUCCUAAACUACAAAACAAAUAAAAACCCCAUAUUAGUAUGUGUCCCUCCUUUAUUGAAUUAGAGAAUGGGUUGCAAAGCGUGCAGAAUGAAUUUAAUAUGUCGGUGGAUUUGAGUUGGAAGUUAUAGAGCACUGCAGAUGCAAUGCAGAAUGUUUUAUUAGAGAAGUUAUACAAACCUGCUCAGUUUGAAAAUUGAUUGCCUUCUUUUAUUAACAAGAAUACUUCCUUAAAUUCAACACACUACAAUUUUUAACUAAACAGUGUUUUGUGGAAAACUAAAAAGUUGUGCAACUGGUUUAACAAAUGCCAGAGAGCAGCACCCGGAGACUAGUGACCACAAAACUGACCUGUAGGGGAUAUGCUCUUUUCCACUGGCCAUGGGUUGCAGGUAAUAAAUCAGGUCUAACACAUGCUCUAUCCAGGCUCAUUUUAUUAACAUACCACCACACAUGGCCGAGGGGGAGGAGGCUUGGCGGCCCAUCACAUUAUGUAUUCCUUCCCACCAGCACCUGAUUUAGCAAGGGUGCUGAGCUAUUUUUUAAAUAGGUAUUUAUUUUUAUUUUUGCAAUGUAAUUUGCUGGUCCAUUCCUGACGACAAAGUGAGCUGCGAAGGAGUAUUACUUAAAGGGAAACUAUAGUGCCAGGAAAAAAAGUUUUUUUUCCUGGCACUAUAGCUCCCUAUUGUGCCUCCCUCCUUACCCCCUCUGUGGUGCAGAAUGGGUUUAAAAGCCCUUUUGUCACAUACCGGAGUCCAGCACAGAUGUCUCUCCUCCAUUGCCGCGCAUGCACAUUCAGUAUCAGGCAACCAAAAGUCGCGCUCAACGACCCGUAAGUCCCUCUAGUGGCUGUCUGGUAGAUAAUUACUAUUGCAGGGUUAAGAAACCUGGGAAUAUGCACCCAGACCACUUCAAUGAGCGGUAGUGGUCUGGGUUCCUUUAACAUCUCCAUCAACAUCCGUUAUCAUGAUCAGUUAAAGGAAUAUUCCAAGCACCAUAACCACUAAUGCCCAAUGUAGAGGUUAUGAUGGCAGGUGUUCCCUGGUGCAAUCUCACCAUAACCAAACAUUUUUAGCACAGUUUGACUUAUUUGGAUUCUGAUGGCUGCCCGCAUUUCUUCUGAGUUUCUUGAGCUGGAGAAGCCAGCUGUCAAUCUGUGCAAGAUAAGAACUCGUUCAUUGAAGGAGAGUGCUCAGCAGGACCCAGGUUUGUGUCAAACUGUGCUAAAACUGUGUGCUAUGGUGGGACGGCACGACACCACGACGCUCUGAGCUCCUUUACCCCUGCAGCAAGCAGUGAUUAUGGAGCUGUUUCUUAAAGACAGCUUAAUGCAGUAAUUUGUUUCAAAUACUAUUUUUUGUAAAUAUUUAUUAGUAAGCAGCAAGUGUGGGCCAGGUACUAGAAUUAAAAUGACCCGAAACGACUUCUUUCAACUAACGUUCUUGUAAAAGUCAGGGUUUAGUGGAUAAAUUGUUUUUGUAUUAUUAGAAGAUAAGAGUUCCAGAUUGCUAAUGUUGAGUAAUGCGCACUAAAAGCCAUGCAGCAGUGAUCCGUGUGUGGGAGGCGUGGGAUUCAAGAAUGUUCCUCUGAGUUAGGGAGGGGGUGAUUCAUGUCUCUGAGGGUGUCUGCAAAGUGACUCAGUUGAGAGCUGUCUUAGCUCUUUGUGUGGGAGGAUGAGUUCACAUGAUUCUUGUACAUGGUAUUCUAGAGUAGCGAUGGCCAACAGGUAACUUUUGCUGUGGAAUUACACUUCUCAAUCAUUCUUUUCUGGCUAAUGACUGGUUGAAUGUCGGAAAUGUUGCUGUUUGAGAACAGUCGGAUAUCAAUUACUGAUCUAGAGCAUCUAGGGACAGUAUUCAUGGUGCAAAGGUACACCAUGGUAUUAUUAUAAUGGAGAAAAAGGGGUCAUAUCUUGAUAUCAGUUGUUCACUUCUCACUUGAUAUGUGUCAUACCUCCUCCUGUCCUGCAGUGCUCUGCGGACCCCCAGCCGACGUCUCGCGCACGCGCUCUAUUGCUGGCUAGGGGGCGUGUGGCUUGUCUCUGGCUUCUUAAAGUGAAAGUACCAUUUUUUACCUGUGAACUGGUUCUCUAUUUAAAUACUGCCUUAUUGUGUUCCCUAGCCUAUCAGCUCUCACUAAGCCCUAUUUAUACCUUCCUCUUACAUCACUACCUUGCGCUGUCGUGGACUCUUGUAGCCCGAGAGUGCGUCCUGUUAGUUUGUCUUUUUUGGUAUCUGACUUUUGCUUGUUUUUCUGGUUAUCCGUAUUUCUGGCAUCCUUGACCCUUGGCUUUCUUAUUCGCUUGUUCUUCCGUCUCCUAUCCUGACCUUGGCUCGUCUGACCUUUCUCUUCUCAUCUCUUUUCCUUUCACGUUAAGUCUGGCCAUUCAAAGGACCGGUAAUACGUCUGGCUUUGUGUGCCUUUUGAGUCCCUUAGUUUGCGUGUUGGGGAGCUUCACCUUCACAAUAUGUGAUUAAAAUCAGCCUUUAGUGGCUGUCCCCUAACCAUCAAUUAUUAUUUUUUCCAUCAGCCAGCCUUUUUUUUUUUUAAUUCUUUAUUAAUUCCACAGUCAGACAAAGAUGAGCACAAUAGCAAACAAAUAUAAGGGGAUACAAUUAAGAGUAUAUUAUAAUGACAUCCAAUUAGGUGUAAUUGGUCAGACAUAGUAUGAUAGACAGCUCCACAGGUUUGGGUAGUGUGGUGUAUUAAAUGAUUGGAGCUGGGGGGUGUUGGUAAUAAUCGGAGCUAGAAUAACCGGGGUUAUCCUGGUCUCGACUUGGGUCAUCCCACUAAUCAUGGAAACUGCAUGCAUGCAAAGAGCAGAGACUGUAGAUCGUCUAGAAAGUUGCAAACUGGGAAAAUAAUAUACAAACAUAGGGCAGACCCUAUCAGUUAAGAAAGGGAAAUACUACAAAACAGAGUCAUGUAUUUGCUGCACUUGUUGUGCUAUGGGUCGCUGGGACGAAAGGAAUGACUUUAGCAGGAUCCCAGACAGUGGUGGUGGAAGGCUGGGGGUCGAUGCCGAGGCCCAGUUUAGACAGGAUAGAAGUGCAGGAUCGUAAGGUAGCGAGGAGCUCCCCAUCUGUAAUUUAGGCCAUUACGGUUAGGAUUGAUGUGGGAGGUCGGAGAGUCUUCCUCCACUGCACGGUAGUGCUGGAAAGAUCAGAGAAGAAAAUAAGAUCCAUCUCUCUUAAAAUUGGUACGGCGUCUUCCACCUAGUUGCGUUCAGGAAAGUGGCUUUCUCUCGCCCAUUCUGGAAUUUUACCAGUAGAUUGCUAAAAGCUGCUGCCGAGCUCAGCUUAGGUUUGGUCAUUCGGGACAUGCCAUCAAGUGUUAUGCCCUUUGCUUGUUUUGGGGGUAGUAUAGCUGCAAACAGAGUGUGUAGGAGAUGUGGCAUUUCUGCCAUAGUGAUACUUUCUGAUAUGCCCCUGAUCUUGAGGUGUUGUGUUUCCACCUUCUCCUAUCUUCCUGCGCUGCCAGUUAGUGGGUUAGGAGAACUUGGGCUGAGGUAAGGUCUUGAACCUGUUACUGCAGCUCUGUUAUCUGCAUGCUAUGGGUGUCUGUGGUGUGUUCCACUGUUGGCAUGCGUGCAGUGAACCCCUGAACAUCCUCCCUCACCUGUGAUAUUUCAGCAGAAAGUGAUUUCCUGAGCUCUGCCAGAAGACUGGUGAGUAUAGCUGUUGUGGCAGGAGGAGAGGUGACCUCUUUCAGGGGGGAAGGCUUUGAUGGACCUUUGUAGCACAGUUCGUCCAUACUGUGGAGGAGUGAGUCACCCGAGUCAUCUGAAAAGUCCUUGAGAACCGCCGCCAUAAUGGGCACGCCUCCGCAGUAAGUCCCCGAUAUCGGAAGUAAACCUGGGAUAAUCAGACAUCGGCUUUUUAGUCUUUCUCCCUAUCUCGUAGUACACUCCUAUGGGCUUUGUUACAGGUUGGGGUACCCCUUGAUCUGUCGUUAUUUGUGCUUUUUUAGCUUGCAUGCAUGGAGCUCCGCGGGCUUGUGACGUCUCGUGUCGGGACGUAGCUCCGCCCCAUUCGUUUAAAACCAAAGGCAGACAUCUAACAGACUAUAAAAUGCAAUUAAGGUGUGCCUUUCAAGCAUUAAUUGUAUUCUAUCAUUAUCUCAAAACACUCAUGUUUAUACAUUUACAACUUUUAUAAAGGUCUCAGUUGCUUGUACAAUCUCCAAAUAUUAUACAGAAAAUGUAAUUCAAAUCUAAAAAAUAUGCAGUGCUGGAGAUGACCACUGGAAUAAAGUAUAAUUGGCGUGAUUCUCUAUAGUGCUCCACCAUUUUGAAAUUUCUAUUAAUCUUGCAUGUUCUUUAAACAUAUUUUCCUGUUAAUUUUCUAUCUUUUUAAUCUCUUCAUUACCAGCAAGUGUACACAUCAUUGGUUUAGUUUUGCAUUACAGUUUGAAAAAAAAUUAUGCUAUAUAUAUAAAUUAUACUAUAUACGAAAUAUAUUUAUUUAACAUAUUUUAAUUUUUUUUAUUAGUCUUGAACAGCCAUAGAUAACUGUGUUUAUCUUUUUAUGUGGGCUAUACAUCCCUUGUUUCAAAAAUAGCUCUAUAGUAAAAGGGUUAAAUGGACACUAUAGGCACCCAGACCACUUCAGCUCAUUGAAGUGGUCUGGGUGCAGUGUCCAUAUUGCCCUUAGUGCUACAAUGUUUACAUUGCAGCACUAAGUCUGCACUGGAGGCACUUCCUGCAUCCAAAUGGACCUUUGGUCCGGUCGCGCUCUGCACGAGGACAUCCAGCAUCAGAUUAUUUUUCCCCAUAGGAAAGCAUUAAUUCUAUGCUUUCCUAUCGGGAGGUCUAAUGCAUACCACGCAUGCGCAUUGAUGCCCGCUCCACUGAUGGAGAAGGAGGUUUAGCCACGACCCAGUGCCAAGGGACCUUGACGCUGGGAUCAGGUAAGUAAUUAAAGGGGUUUUAACCCUUUAUUCACCGACUGGGGGUGGUGAAGGAGGGAGAAGGCAGAGGGAGCUAUACUGCCAGGAUUACAGCUUUGUAUUUCUGGCACCUAUAGUAUCCCUUUAAUACACUGGCAGGCUCCAAAAAUAAAAGUGACAUGAUAUUCUCUGGACUUCUGAGAGACACCAAUUCCCACAUAAUUGUAUGGUAGGAUGUGAGAGGUGAAUGUCCUCAUACCAAGUUAUUUCCCCCUUGACUUUCUUCUGUUCCCUCUUUUCACUCAGUGUUGUAGACUGUAAGCAGACACUAUAUUGGUGUUCACUUGGCAGGAAUUGCAACCCAUAUUUAGCUUUGUGAUUCAUGUCCCAGAUACGCAGGAUCCCUGCAUUCCUCAUGCCUGCGGGAACCGAGCAUUAGCACGGCAGCUCUUCCAAAGUCAGACCCUUCUUCCCUCUCAAUCCUUGUAUGCUUCAGCCUGCUCAUGCUUAGUAUCUGCGGCAACUCACUAAGGUCUAGGAAGUGAUCUUUCCAGCUGUCCUCAGGACACCCCUGGUGCUGACCAGUGGAGCUGACCCUGAUCAUUGCAAAUGACCUAAGGAGAGCUGAUUCUCUAAGUAGGGCAGACAUCUUGUUUUACUGUUAAAUUAAUCCUUUUGUGAUCUUUGGCAAAUGUAGUCAUUGUGCAGAGCUUAAAGGGACACUAUAAUAAAACAGCUUUAGCUUAAUGAAACCGUUUUGGUGUACAAAUCAUGUCCCUGCAGUCUCACUGCUCAAUUAUCUGCCAUUUAGGUGUUAAAUCACUUUGUUUAUGCAGCAGCCUUAGUCACACCUCCCUGCAGUUGACUUACACAGCAUUCCCAAACACUUCCUUAAAAAGUAAUUUAAUGUUUACACUUGCUUUAGUGCAAAUACUGUUUGAUUUAUAAUUUAUUAACAUCUGCACUGCUUAUAGCUUGAUACACCUUGCAGGAGCUUCCUGCGUGUGAUUAAAAUUCAGUUGUAGAGCAGGAGAAAAAAACUUUUAAAGUAAGUAACAUCUGAUUGAAAAUUAAACCAUUUCUUUUUUCAUUCAGGCUGUGUCAGUUACAGCCAGGGGAGGUGGGUCUAGGGCUGCAUAAACAGAAACAAAACUGAUUUAACUUCUGAAUGGCAGAUAAUUGAGCAGUAAGACUUCAAAGACAUGAUCUAUACACAAAAACUGCUUCAUUAAGCUUAAGUUGUUUUGGUGACUAUAGUGUCCCUUUAAACAUUCCAUCACUCAAAAGAAUAGAACAAAACGGAGGUGCCCAGGUAUUAAGAUCCAGUGCAAGGAAUAAAAAUGUAGAAAUAAAGGCAUUUGGCAAAGUGUAUAAUCAUUAAGAUAUAAGGGGCAUAAGGAAAAAAAAUCUGAAUGGAAAAAAAAAACAUGACAGAGCAGCUUUAAGUGCAUAUAACAGAAAACCUAAACACUGUUAUGGACAAUUCUUCAUUCAUUUGCCAGUAAAUGCUGUUCAAACAUUACGGGUGAAGUGUACAUCCUGAAAGUGACACUCCAGACACCAAAACAACUUACUCUUAAUAAAGUUGUUGUGGUGCUAGGAGGCCCCCGGCACACUUUUACUGUUCUCAUGCGGUUUAACCCCAAAGUUGCCUCCAGCACCCAUCUCAGUUCUCCCCAGACGGCAUCCAGCUUCUGAAACUGUGGGAGGCAGUAUGGGAAACUACAACUUUUGUUUCUAUCACUCUAUCAUUGCAGGAACCAAUGCAUAAAAUCUUCUUUCGAUGGUAUACGACCCCAGUCAAAUUAUUUUGAUUGUGCAAAACUCCCAGCGAUCUUUGUUGGAGAGAAUGUGGACAUAGAGGGUCCUACUGCUAUAUCUCCUAAAGUCAGCAGAUUUUGGUAUCAAAUUAAAGGAUACAACAUAAUAGGCUUACCAGCUCACAGAAACAGGCAGGGGUACUCUGGCCACUUACCAUAAAACAUGGUCUCCGUGGCAUGAAUUUGUGAACCUCCCAUAAAGAUAAGAUAGGAGAGUAUGCCACCAAUAAGACUGCUGCAGCACACUUGGUUUCCCCCCCCCCUUCUCUUUACUCCUUCCCCCUUUUUCUUUUAUAUAACUUGCUACAAUUUCAGGAUAUCUCUUGGUCAAUCCUCCGGGAAAUAGUUGGGCAUAUAUUGGGAUUAAUGUCUCUAAAACACAAAUUCCUUAGGGUUUGUCUGAGGUAUGACAUUGUUUUUUGUUCAUGUGUGUUACUCCAACAAUGGAUAAAUAGACUGGAUUCACUGAUCUGUCAUAUACAUUUUGAUUGUAUGUAAUUUGCCAAUGCCUUUCUCCAGUCUUUAAAGAAUUUAUAAAAAGAAAGAAAGAUAUUAGGUAUAAUUAAGCAUGUGUGUUCCAUGCGUAAGCAUUUACAUGUAUUUCAUAUGCAUUUACCUAAACACUCUACCCAUAAUACCUAUCUGCAAGGUCAAUAAGUAUAUAUUAGGGAGGUGCACUGAUACAGCUGGGCAUAUGGCAUCCUAAAUAUGUCAAUGUGUUCAGCCGAGGUCACUUUAAUCCUGCAGGGGGAGAUGGGAUGUCAUACCGCCGAGUUCUUAGACAUAUUUCACACACGUGAGCAUCGGGCAUUAUUUUCUUGUGUCUUUGGGGAUUCCAGACACUAUAACCACUUAAAUGAGAUGAUGCAGUUAAGGUGUCUACAAUGUUCCUUUAAAUUUCACUUUGCAUCCACUUUACCUUCUUGUGAAUUACCUGAAUAAUUUGGGAUAGCCAUACUGGUCUAGAGAUGCAGAUGCAACCUAAUGUUUGUUUAUUUUGUAAUGUAUUUGUGUUUUUGUUUUGUUUGUUUGUUUGGUUAGUUUUUUUGGACUGUGUUUUCGAGUGACAAACUGUCAACACUUUCUCCCCUCUCAAGCCUAAAUAAUUUCUUAUUGGAAGUACUUAAGAACUAGCGAGCUAGGUUUCAACACAUACAUGUUAUUGGAUACAUUGACUUGCUGCUGCAAACACAAUUGCUUUAUACACAAAUUUCCCGUAUGCAACUUCACGUAGGAUUUUAUCAUGGUAAUAAGAAUGAAAGCAAAUAGAAUGAAAUAGGUGUGCACUCUGAAUAUUAUUAAACGAACAUAACAAAAACAAGCCUAUUCACACUUCAAGUGGGAUUUUUGGGGGGGAGAUCAUAAUGAAUUCAAACUAAAGUAGAAUGUUUAAGCCGAAAUAGCCAAACUAUAUAAAUUCCGUUUAUGAACUAUGUUCAGCUAUUGUGGCCUAGAAUUUGAAAUUCAAUUCAGUUUCCAUUUUUCCAUAAUUCGCACUGUAGUGAAUAACCCUAAAUGGAUGGACAAGAUUUUUGAUCUUCAAUAAAACAAGUAUAGGAAAAUACAGAGCUUUUUUCUGGGUGUGCUGGACAGUGCGUGCCAGGAACUCUUUUUUAAAAAUGCAGUAUAGGAGAGUACCAGAACAGCUUUUUUCCCUUAGUACUGGACUGUACUGGAAUCUAAUGCUGUCAAAUAAAGACUAGUUUGCAUUAUUUGUAAAUGUUUCUGUUAUAUAGACAGUAACACAGAUGGAUACAAAGUGUUACAUUACAUUGUACAAAAUAAACUGCAAAUUACUUGUGUGAAUUGUUCUUCAGACUACAGCACUUUGAUCAGAGACAGAUAAACAGAACAUUUGCCAUUGGCAUACCGGUAAUUGGAAAACGAAACACAUGUUUUUUUGAUUAACUUUUUCCACUUGUCUGGUGUGGCUAUCCAGCAAUUAUCCUGAAUACAUCAGAAGAUAUAUGAUACAAUCAGGGCCGGCGCGUCCAUAAGGCGGCACAGGCGGCCGCCUUAGGGCGCACGGGCACUGGGGGCGCAAUAUUUCAGUGACCGGCAGGAGGGAAGCUCUCCCUCCUGCCAGGCCACCAUCUCGACCCCCGGUGCAGCGCGCGGCAGUGCUGUGAUCAGGCGCGCGAGGGAGCUCUAAUCUCCACCCUCUGCUCCCUCGCGCGCUGCCUACUGAUGCCGCGGGAGCCGGAAUAUGACGUCAUCAGUAGGCAGCCCGCGAGGGAGCAGAGGAUGGAGAUUAGAGCUCCCUCGCGCGCCUGAUCACAGCACUGCCGCGCGCCUCUCAGCAGCCCCAGCCCUCAGGGACCGAUCCAUCAUCCACACCAGCUCUCCAGGUAGGGAGGCUGGGUGGAAAAUGUGUAUUUAUAAAAUUAUUAGUGAAUGUAUGUGAUGUGUGUCUGUGAGUGACAUGUGUAUGUCUGUGAGUGACAGUGUGUAUGUCUGUGAGUGACAGUGUGUGUGUCUGUGUGUGUGUGUCUGUGAGUGACAGUGUGUGUGUCUGUGAGUGACAGUGUGUGUGUGUGUGUCUGUGUGACAGCGUGUGUGACUGAGUGUGUGUGUCUGUGUCUGUGAGUGACUGAGCGUGUGUGUGUGUGAGUGACAUGAGUGUGUGUGUCUGUGAGUGACUGAGCGUGUGUCUGUGAGUGACAGUGUGUGUGUGUCUGUGAGUGACUGUGUGUGUGUGUGUCUGUGAGUGACAGCGGUGUGUGUCUGUGAGUGACAGUGUGUGUUUGUGAGUGAGUGACUGUCUGUGUGUCUGUGAGUGAUUGUAUGAGUGUGUGUGCAUGUGAGUGUAUGAGUGUGUCUGUCAGUGUAUGAUGAGUGUGUUUGUCAGUGUAUGAGUGUGUGUCUGUCAAAUCAGUGAGAGUAUGUUUGUCAUUGAGUCUGUGUGUGACUAUCAGUGUGUCUGUCAAUGAGUGUCAAUCAGUGUGGGUCUGUCAGUGUCAAUGAAUGAGUGUGUGUCAGAUCAAUGAGUCUGUGUCUGUCAGUGACGUCUGUGUGUUUGUCAUUGAGUGUGUGACUGUCAGUGUGUACAGAGUGUAGUGGAGCAGAGCGCGGUACAGGAGCUUCUGUUUCCUGUACCUGGCCAGACUGACAGGAGGUGCUCACAGAGAGAGCACUCCCUGUCAGUCCGUCCGGGUACAGAAAACUGAAGCUCCUUUAGGGGAUCUGCUCCGCUCGGCAAUGCAACAAUAGAGGUAGGAGGCACACACCAGGAAGUGUGACCACUAAAGGGGUGGGGGUGCACCAAGGGACAGGGAGGGAAUGGGAGAGAAACACCAAGAGACAGGGAAAAAAGGGGGGAGGGGGAAAGGGGGGAGGGGAGAAGAACACUAAGGGACAGGGAACGGAAGGGACCACUAAUGGUCGAGAGGAGGGGAGAGGGGCUGGUUAAGAGGCACAUAGGUGAAGAUUUUGGGGGGGGGGCGGAAAAAUGCAUCUUCGCCUAUGUACCUAAAAAUCCAAGCACCGGCCCUGGAUACAAUGCUUUUGCACUAAUUGUAAUGUGCAUCAGUAAUUAUGUAAAACAAAAAUUAGAAGCAAAAAAAAAAACCUGUUUUAUGAUUUUAUCAUAAAGAUAAAUUAUUAUUUAGUGGUUCUGGGAGGUGGUAUAAUGUUACAGCUACUGUUCUGCCAUUCUAGAGGUGCUGUUGGUGUUAAAUUGCUACAACAUCCACCCUCUGUUUCUACCCUCGAUUUGCUGUGAGUGGCCAUGCUUGGGGACACUUCCCCAAGUUAGGAAAUCCCCUUUUUUGAUGCCGACAUGCUGAUUUCACUGCAGGCACAUAUGCCUCAGUAUGUGCCAUACUCCUCCAUUGAGAAACUACUGCUCGGGAGGAUUCUCCUGCUCCCCCUGUCAUUCAGUGGAUUUGAUUGACAGGUGGAGAGAGGACAAAAUAUUAAAGGGCAUUAAAAUAAAAUAUUUUUAAAUUUACUAACAUUUCUGCUAGCACAGCGUAUAGAUGCUAUUUAAUGCUGUUUAAUUUAAGAACAUAUUGUGUGCAUACUAUAACAAGUACCUUUUAAUAGCUAGAACUGUAUCUUCAUCAUGCCUGUUACACAAGGACGUGCUGCUUCUGCACAUCAGGGCUUUGCAUCUAGAGAAUUUUGCAUAAUUCCAUCUGGUUUUGUGACUUAGUCAAGCUUGAGAGUUUACAUUCACAGAAAGCUGUUCUUGAAAGUGUUAUGGUAACUGUAACUGUGGAAAGAAAAAGAAGGAUUAAUCCAAUGACUCACUCAGACAGACCGUGUAAUAAUGACGGUAACCCAUCAACUGUUGUGCAUGUGCUGUGAAUGGACACUCAUCCUGCAUUGUGUACUCCUCUUGGGCAACAAAUUUUAUUUUUCUUUAAAAUAAGGUUAAAGUUUUACGUAAGGAACCGCACGCUGACAAAGUGGGAGCUUUAAUCAAGCUACACGUCGUUUGUCAACAUUGUCAUUAGCUUGCAAACUACACACCUCCUUCCAGCGCAAAGUCACUUGCUUACAGCAUUUGUAUAACUUAAAAUAUGAGUGAGUUCAUGUCAGUGCAAUCCAGUGUUUAAAGGGACACUGUAGACACUGUCACUGCUUCAUCUUAUUGAGGUGGUUAUAGUGCCUGGAGACACUUGAUGCUGGCCUUCCAUCCUCUCUGUGUUGUUUGGACUAAAUAGGAAGCAUUAGCCUGAGCAGCAAUGGGUGGUUGUGAUUUGCUGAGAAUUUCAGCUGACCACCUUUAAGCUAUCAUACUCACGUUUGCCGGUAUGAAUUAGUAAGGCUAGAAGAAAAAGUAUAGUCUCUGCAUUAGCCAUGCCUCCAGACGGCGCCAGACUGUAGGUGGCCACGGGUCCCCCUUCUUCACUAUUAAACUGCUUGAAGAUGGUUUAAGACUGAAUGGAAGGGAAGUUCCAGUGACUCUAUGCACUGUAACAAACUCAAUGAAUUUAUAAUAUUUAGUGCAUUUAAUAUAACUCUUAAGUGGCUGUUAUGGCCACUUCCAAGCUUUCAGACACUUAGACGAAUAGUGCAGACUGAAAUAAACAAUGAUGCUCUAAAAUAUCUUUUUGGAGGGUUUUAGCUUGAUGGAAAGAGCUAUAGGAAAAUCCUUUAGGGUCCUUGUAAACUAUAGACAUCUCGAUCAGUGUUCCAAACCAAGCUUUUGACUUUAUAAGCUUUCCACAUGAUUCACAAUAAUUAAUCUACAACAAUUUCCAUAGACUUUAAUGGUGACAUCUGUAGUUAAAUAAUUUGAAAAGUUUUUCUAACCAUAUAAAAUCAUUUGGAAAGCUUAUUAAAUUGAGGCCCAAGUCCUCAGAAAACACUAAUUGACCAAGUUUUUUCAGUAUUGCAAUUUUAGUGCAAUCCAGCAUUGAUAACCAAUUAAUUAUGUGUUUUGACUUUCUGCUCGAAUCAUAGUUUUUCAAAGUAAUUGCAAAAAAAAAAAUGUAUGAAGCAUUUUGUUGCUGAUAAUGUCACCAAUAUCAGAAAAUGUUAUCAACUUAAAACAAGACCUAAGUCAUGAUUUACUUCUUAAUGGCAAGCUCAAUAGCAAUAUUGCAAUGCUAAAGGAACACUAUAGGAUCAGGAACACAAACAUGUAUUCCUGACCCUCUAGUGUUAAAACCAACAUUUAGAUUGCCUUUAUCCCUUGAAUUAAUGCAUCUCUAUGAGGAAUUUCAGUGUCUCCAUCCAGAGUGUGGAGACACUGAACGGCAGUGCUGCACACAUUACAGCUCUGCCCCAGGAAGCACAUCUAGCAGCCAUACGAGGAGUGGCUACUGGAGAAGUACCUAGGGUGCAAUAUAAACAGAGAAAAGGCAAUGUUUACAUUAAAAAGGCCUGCAGUGAAUGAUUAUACUCACCAGAACAACUACAUAAGGAUGUAGUUGUUCUGGUGACUAUAUAGUGUCACUUUAACAUCAAAAACAAGUUAUUUGCAGACUUUUCAACGACAUCAUCAAUUGAACGUUACAGACAGCUAAGUGCAUCGAUUAUGCAAAUAAGUGUCAAGUGUAUCAUUAAACUGUUGCUUUCCAUAUGGACAGUGCAACUGUUUAUGUGUCUUUAAGGUUCCUUUAAAUAGAAGUUGCAAUGUUUGGUACCUCUAGACAGGCAUUUAAGGUAUAAUGCACAAUGUUUAUGUUAUUGAUUUUGCUAUAUUAUAUUAUAGUUAAAGUAAUUAUUUUCCCUUUAAUAUGGCUAAAUGAUUCAAGCAGGAGUGUUGGUUAACAUUGCUUGUACAUGUCAUCAAGUCAGAGUAAGUGUUUUGUUCAUUCUGCUCAAACACAAACACUUUUGAGGCAUUGGUUAGAAUAUUGUUUUUAUUGACUUUUCAAUUCCUUUUAGGAAGUAAAUUUGUUAAGUGUCUGAUUGUUCCGUUAAAGUGAUAACGUUUCUCCACAAUACUUGAAACUUGAAUGUUUUACAUAAGGUAUAUGGCAUAUUUUCACCGAGCUGAUAAUGGCAAACGUGCUAUUGCAAAGAAUCAGAAAACAGAAUGUGAUUAAUUAAGUACUGGUGAUUCAGUAAAUGACUGAAUUCUGGAGUCUUGGUGUGCCUUGAGGAUUUAGUUGGGUACCACUUCUCUAACAUGUCAACCCACUGCAGGUUUGAAAUGAUUCGUCUUGAACUUCUUAUAGGUUGUUAGGGUGGUAAAGGCCGUGAUUUAUGUUUCUCAAUAUUUUCUUUAAUACUUCCUUUGUAUACUUAAUAGGUUUUGAGAACAGGGAGAUUUGUAGAAAGUGAUGAUAAACAUUGUGAAACAUGAGUUGUGAAAACAUUUGUGUAGGUUCAGGUCUGGAUUAUGAGCCUAUUGGGCCUGGUGCAGACAAUUACGGUGGUCCUUGUUAUACAUUCUUAUGGACAGAAAGCACAAACAGCAAUACUUCUCAAAUCUCUUCUACCUGGUGGAGGUAAUACUGGAGGGACACUUGCAGGAUGCAUUUACAGGAAUACACAUAUCCUAUAUUAAUUUACAAGCUCCACAGCUCUCCUGUCUCAUUAAUCGCAAUUACUGAAUCCUCUCUCCUCACGACGCACUUGUCCACGCUGACAACAGUUGUAAUUUAUGCACAGAAUUGAAAUUAAACAGAAUUCUGGACUGCUUUGGUCAUGUUUGCUGGGGAUGCAACUAGCAAUCGCAAAUAUCUCAGUAAACAGCUCAGAAUGUGCAAUGUUUCAAAUCACUGAAGUGGUUAUGAUGGUUGGAGUAACAUCGAUGAAUCUCCUUUGAGUUCCUGGCAAUUCACUCCUUCGUGAAUAACCCAGUAGACCUUUUAAUGAAAAAGAACGUAUGGGCGGGGAAUGGAAGACAUAUGGGGGAGGGUGGCGGGAGGUAGACACAUGGAGGGGGGAGGCCAGGGCAAUUUUCACACAGGGGCCCAGUGGUUUCUAGUUACGCCUCUACCUGUAGGUUCAUAAGAAUGCUAAUUUGUUAUUGCUGUCGGGGUGGUGUAGAAUGUACGGACUCUAAUUCCAUGGAAAUAUCAAUCUGAAUAAUGUAUAUUAUGUCCACACUAAUUACUGCUGUGUCUUACACAGUUGUAAAGUAUUGUUUGCGUUAAAUCUCUGUGUUGAUCAUCAACCUGCCAGGCAGCCCACAUGGUGUCAAGUAAAGCACUCAUGUUAAUGGUAUUUAUCUUACAUAAUCCAUGACACCAACAGACACUGUGUUUUAAAAGAAAAUUCAUAUAGUGAGGUCAUAACCCCGUGCAUGUUUCAGCAGAAGGAAUAUAUCAAUGAGAUUAAAGCUGUAAAUGCUGAGCUGUUUAACGUGAAAUCAGAGACCAGUGGAUACAGGGAAUUUUUUAUUUUUUUUUAAACACUCUAGCUGUGUAUCAUGGGCUUAGCACUCUAAUCUUGAAGGCAGGUAUCACAUAAACUUAAGUGAACUUUAAACCUAAAUCCUUCUGCCCACCUCAAUCAUUAAAUAAUACAUUUUUCACAUUCAAAACCAAAUUGCAAAAUUCUAAUCAAAAUAGAUGACUUGGGGAAAAAAACAGCUUGGUUGUUUAAGUCCAAGUUUUGCAAUUCAGUUUUCAUUUCUCUACAAUUCACUGUUUAGUGAAUAAACCCAUCCUAUAGUGGAUCUUGAGUACAGGCAUAGGCGUACAAACGGGAUGUGCAGGCAAAAUUGUCCUCAUGUGUGGUGAAUGGAACUGUGUCUAACAAUCACCGUCAUUGGCUGAAUGCGAAUGGGCGGCAGGAGCCACGCGCACAUUCAUCCAGUCCAUAGGAAAGCAUUCUCAAUUUUCACAGUGAGAUUUUCACAGUGAGAAGCGCGGAAGCGCCUCUAGAGGCUGUCAAUGAGACAGCCACUAGAGGCUGGAUUAACCCUAUUAUAAACAUAGCAGUUCUCUGAAACUACUAUGUUUAUAGAAGAAAGGGUUUAUCCUAGCUGGACCUGGCACCUAGACCACUUCAUUAAGCUGAAGUGGUCUGGGUGCCUAUAGUGGUCCUUUAACAAAUUGAUGUUUGACUUCUCCAGGUCAAGAAAACCGGAAGCAGCGCACUUAACAAGUGGCACUGAGACUGUGCCAGUGCACUCCUGACACCAUAACCACCACAGUUUGGCGUUAUGUAAUAAUCCAGGCUGAAAAUUGAGUUCUAAGAAGGCAAAAAAACAACACAAUUUGAAAAGAUGGUCAAUUAUGCCAUAAGCAGAUGGGCUAAAUUCCUUGACUUGAGUCCAUAAUGGUAAUGAGACUUCUCAUUGGAUCAACAACCUGUUCACAUACAUGUUAAUUAUCUUCUUUUUUUUUUUAUUCUUUUUUUUUUUGUGGUGCAGAUAAUAGACGUGUAUGCCCACAUUGUCACAACAGCUGGUGCAGGCUAGGCAAAGGCAUACACAAACAGUUGCAUGGCAUAAGAACAUUGCACUAUUUUUUGUGUUUCUUCCAACGGUAAGUAAUGUUGUUAGCUCGUAAUACCUCUGUGAGUGGCUGCAGCGAUUUCCUUCAGGCCAGGGUGCUCCUGAUAGAUCGGCAUAGAAUGUGAGUGAGGGGCCCUCAAAGCUGUAUGGGGAGUUUCCCCUGAGUGCGCCCAACACCGCCGCCUUGUCUUGCCCGCUUUGGAAUUUUACAAUCACAUACCGUGGUGCUGUGGUGGGUGCCUUGAGUGGUUGUGGGAUCCUGAAGAGACCCAUAGUUGUGAUUGAUUUCGCUUGUUUUGGGGUGAGUAGUGCGCCAAGUAGUCUCCUUAGAAAGUGUGGUAGCUCCGCUUCAAGGACUGCCUCUGCUACCCCUCUGAUCUUGAGGGUCUUGGUAUGUCUGGAGUCUUCAAGAGUUGCAAACCUCUGUUCAAUGGCGGUUUGUUGCUGUUGGAGCACGUUUAUUUCUUGCUGCAGGUGGGUAAUUUGUGCCUUGGUGUUGCGGGAGUAGUCUUACAGAAUGCCUGUGCAUGUUGUUAGCCCUUGCAGGUCCUUGCGGAACGUGGCCAUAUCCGGUUAAUUAUCUUUUUACUAUAGAAAACUAACUUUUCCACCCCCUUAUUAAUUUUGGUAUGUUCCUUUAAAAUGUCUAUCAGCAGAUGUUUAGUUGAAAUUCUCCAGAAGGUUACAGCUCCUUGCCAUACCCAACAACCUUGAUUGAGACUUGCAAAUAAACAUUCUUGCAUGUCAAACUUCGACCCAAAACAAACCUCUUUGCAUAAUUAUAUUUAUAGUAUGUUUAUUACAUCUGAAAAGAAUAUUUAAUAUAAUCCUAUUUGAGUCAUUAAAAUCCUGGCCCACUUUCAUUUCUUCAAAUGACUGCCGAAAGCCACCCUUCAUGGCAUCUAUGCUAUUCUACUGAUAUGUCUGCCUUAACACGUCUCCUUUCUCACCAAAGCACAGUGAGAAAACACAGCAGAGAUCUUUGGAUAUAUUGCAUUGUUAAACUUAAAAUGGUUUGAUCUUAGUUGAUAAUACUUGCAUACCAAUGUGUCCUUUAAAGGGUUACUGUUUAUAUUCCCAAGUCCCAAAUCCGUAAUCAGGUUGUGGAAACUUCUUGUUUCCUGCCACAGUUCACACUCAUUGUUUAGUGCCCAACACCCGUUGUAUGACGGCACUGUCCAUUGUUCCAUUAUAUUCUUGUUUGGUGCUAAUUGCAAAAGCAGAUUUUGUGUUCUACAAUCUUGAAUGUACCGAGACGUGUUCAUGAGAACCUUAAAACUUUAAAUGUAAAAAGAUAACUAAUACUGACUAUGAUAAACCGACUAUGUUCAUGUUGCUUAAUCCCUGCUCACCAACUUGGCGACAAGUUGGUGAUAACCUGAGAAUUGUCAUUGUGGAUAUUCACUGAAGAUUAUGUAUAUCUUGUUCAGGGUCUCUUUAAUUGAGGAUAUAGAUAUAGUAUUCCUUUUGGCAUUAACAAUUAGGAAGUUUCUAAAAUAAAGGGAGCCUCACUGGUUGUCUUCUGGUGUCCUUCAAUGUUCCUCUAGGGCAGUGGUUCCCAACCCAGUCCUCAAGUGCCUCCUACCAGUCCAGGAUUUAGGGAUUACCCUAAAUCCAGUUGUGUCUUAGGUGAUUUUAGAAGAAAUUUUAAAAAACAACAACACACACUUUAGACACAGCAGGGAAAUCCCUAAAUCCUGGACUGGUAGGGGGUACUUGAGGACUGGGUUGGGAACCCCUGCUCUUGGGUAACCCCCUGCCUCAAGUACCCAUUGAUAUUAAUUGAGAUUUUACAUGAACAUAUGAAUAUAUUGUAUUUGAAAUAAAAGCCAUAUAGUAUUAAUAAGCACAUGGCCCGAUUUGUCAGAAGGCCAAUGAAACCACGGCUUUGUGGCGGCAGGAAGGAGAAGGGAAAAUCAAAUAUCUCCCUCACCUGCUAGCCCAUUCUGCACCGGAACACCACAAGUAGCCUACCGUCACAAAUGCAACACAACAAGCACAUAACAUUUGUUUUGCAUAUGUAUGUAUAUAUCUAUGUGUGGGAAGGAGGAGUGGUUGAAUUGAGUAAACUGGCCUUGGGGCAGCAAGGAGGGUAAAUCCAGCCUUGAGUAAGUACCUUUAACAGUACAUCAAAUAAAUUAUCAAUAAUGUCAAACUAGCCUUGGUUUUAUAACUGUUGAUUAAAAAAAGAUGCAUCUUAGACAAACGAUCCCCAUCCUAGUAUCAGUCUAUAUGUUUUUCCUGGCAUUUUGAACAGAAUGUUCUAUUUCUGAUCUGUUGGCUGCCGUGUGAACUAGGAAUGUAUGAAAACUACAGAGCUGGAUGAGCUAAACAGGGUUAGGGUAAAGAGACAGAAUCAGGCCUGGGAAUAACAUAGCAUGUCCACAAAUAGCACUGGUUGUCAUUAUUUACACCAGUUGAAAUUCUGGGAGGCAGGGGUUGGCAGUAAAUUUGUCCUUUCAUUCAGCAGCUGCCAUCUUUAAAAAUUCUGAUGCAAGUUUGAUGUAUAGUAAACAUCACGGACGGCACUCUUCUCUAAAGGGCAUGCUCUUCUGAGAAGAUCCAUUCUCUCCCUUAAUUUCUGAUGAACUGAACUGGUCAUCAGUUAAUUGUUUCCUGUGGUCAAAUAUAUAAGGAUGCUGGAAAAAUUAUUUAUCAUAAAAUAACCGUUUUCCUGGCACUGCAGGUCCCCUCUCCCUCCCACCCCCCAUCCCAGGUUGCUGAAGGGGUUUAAACCCUCGGCGCUGGUCCAGGGUCCAUCCACGCUCCUCCCCCGCCGACGUCAUUCGGCUGGGGAGACCGAUUGCGCAUGCGCGGCCGCCGGCGGGGUGAGACCUAAGGCGCAUGCGCAGCAAUGCCGUGCACGCGCAUUAGACCUCCCCAUAGGAAAGCAUUGAAAAAUGCUUUCAAUGCUUCCCUAUGAGGAUUUUAGCGACGCUGGAGGUCCUCACAUAGCGUGAGGACGUCCAGCGACGCUAUAGCACAGAAAAUCUGUGCUAUGAACCAGGAAGUGCCCUCUAGUGGCUGUCUAGUAGACAGCCACUAGAGGAGAAAUUAACCCUGCAAGGUAAAUAUUUCAGUUUAUGAAAACUGCAAUAUUUGCAGUUGCAGGGUUAAGGGUAGUGGGAGUUGGCACCCAGACCACUCCAAUGGGCAGAAGUGGACUGGGUGCCUGGAGUGUCCCUUUAAUGUUAGAACCUUUAUGCGGGAGAUCAGUCAAAAAAGUGGAAAGUGAACACCCUCUAUAUAAAAAAAUAAAGGGACACUUUAUAUAAAUGAAGUUGUUAUAGUGCCAAGAGACCCACAGACUCACUUACCUCAAGGGGUUAAAUGUCCUUGAACGGUUUAACCCUGUAUUUACCUCCAGCAUCUAUCUCAGCUCCCCCCCUCCUUGCAAAAGGUAGAUUUCUUUGCAAGCCAGUUUUGUGAAUAGGAGUACUGAUUGGCUCUCAGCCAAUCGGCACCUGUCGGCACGCUGUACUUCCCAAAUCUGAAAUUUUGGAAGAAAAAAAAGGGGAACGGAAAUCGGGGCUGGAAGCACUUCAGGGUUAAAUCAUUUGAAAACGGUUAAACCCCAUGUAAGAAUGUGCCGGGGCCUCCUGGAACAAUAACAACUUCAUUUAGAUAAAGUUGUUUUGGUACCUGGAGUGUUAUUUUACGCCAUAGGUGCAUUUCUGACUCAGUGCAGUACAUUUACAUUACAGUAUUUUUUUUAGUGAAAUAUUUUAAUGCACAGUGUCAGAAAAAUGAGAUCUGAGUAGAAAUGGGGCACAAAAUAAAUUUUCUAUAAAUUGUUGCAUAUUUACCCCUUACUGAAUCAACUUUCUUAUGAGACCCAGUUUCCUACAUUAGUCUAGUUCAUGGCUUAUAUAAUUUAUAAAGUGUUAGUCUGCUGAUGCACAUACAGUAAGGACUUUAGAAUGUUCAAUUAGAUCAAUGUUAGAAAUUAUACUGAUUACUGAGUUUGUCAAAACAGGAUUCUGUAUUUUCCAUAUCCAAAACUAUCUCCUGCAACUUAAAUUAUGACAAUCCCUGUUUUAUAUCAAUGUGACUGGUACAAACAGCUGUGCCAAAGAGCACGCUCGUUCAUUUCAACCCACCCUAUAAACCACACUAAACAGAGGGUUGCUAUGGCAACAAAAUAUGCAACAUCCUGCAGAACUGGACAAGCCUAAAGGGCCUAAAUUUUCGCAUGAUCCUUAGCUUUAAAUUAGUAUUUUCAUUCCACAGUUCUGCAGGACAAUGAUACUAUUUGUACCUGUAGUUUACUACUGUAUAAUUUUGUACUUACAGUUACAUGUAAUUAUUAAUAAUCUGCUUGAUAGUACUUUGAUUGCCAAAUAUUGUAAUUGUAUGAGAUAAAUGGCUAGUCUGCUCAACCAUUCCGCCUCGCCACUCCUAGCCAUAAAUUAAUUUAAAUAACUGUUUCUCUACUCUUGAGGGCCAAUCUCACAUCUAUCCCUGCAACAAGCCCAUUUAAUUUUACUGGGCACAAUCUACCCACCCACCCUGGUCCCUUCUACUUAUUACCUUCACAUGCGAUCAGCUGCUGCAGUUAUACCAUUAACUCUCAAUGCCAUCUCAUACAAAUUCCUCUGCUGCCUUUUGUCUCACCUCCCCAGUUUAAAUUGUAGACUGUAAGCUCACGGGCAGGGCCCUCUCUACCUCUUGUAUCGGUCUGUUCUUAUUGUAUUGUCUUUUCCCCAAUUGUACAGCGCUGCGCAAUAUGUUGGCGCUUCAUAAAUACCAGUAAUAAAUAAUACAUUUUAAAAAGUGUAUGAUUAAGUGUAUUCUCAUAUAGAACUAUUUGUUAUUGGGGUGUGCUUUAUAAAUAGCCUUUUGUAUUUGUUAUUUACAGAUUUGCUCCAAGGCACCAUUUUAUUAAGUACAUCUGUACACUUACUCAGUAUGCAUAUCUGUUUAACUAAACUGUUAAUAAUUAGAAAAAUAUUUCCUGUUGAUAAAUCUCGAGGGUUGCUGAGACAUGCAGAGGUUAGUGUCAGAAUUUAUCAUAAACAUGUGAAUCAACAGAUCUGAUCUGCCUUGUGUCAAAAGUUCAGGCUGGUGGUGUUGUGGUUGUGGGGUCAAUGCAUAUGUUUGUGUGUGGACUGUUUGUAUUAUUUGUAUGUGGGGAGGCUUAUUGGCAGCUCUGUGUGUAUAUCUAGCAGUGUGAGUGGCUUCCUUGGGGUCCAGUGGGGACUGGACUGGCCAGGUACAGCUCAAGGGCUGCUUUGGGCUGCUGUACUCCAGUGCGGAUUACCGCUCACAAGUUCUGGGCACUCUGUGCUGCAAUGCGUAAAUUGAUGAUUGUCCCUCAUCUCUGCAAUCAGCACCCAGUUUGCACUAACAGAUACCCACUGGGACUCCUGAUAGGCCAGAUCCUGUUUGUCUCUGGCAGCCUUGAGUGCCAUGUAUGGCACACAUGCCAUAGGUUGCUGACCCCUGGUCUAGUGUGUUUCCCGCACCACAUUGAGUCCAUUCCACCACGAAAUCAUGCUGUUCUGGGAAUAAAGGGAGGACCAGUAUUAAAAAGUUUGAGAACUGUUCUAUUGGUUGCCAUGUUCCUCAUAAUCUCCUCUAUCAUGUUCAUUUUGCUUUAUUAAAAAUUAAAGGAGCUUUCUAAACACCAUAACAACCACAGUCCACUUUAACAGUUUUGGUGCCAGUAGUGCCCUGGCACCCUGCCUCAGAAAUUUGUCAAACCGUUUAAGGACUUUUUACAACUUACCUUAGUCUUGCCUGAUGCCUGUUGCCUGAUUCUCCUUGUAGGAGAAUCCUGUUCGGUCCACUGGGCUAAAUAGGGCCAACCUGGGCCACUAUAAUUUGCUGUCCUAUAUUAGGCAGAGGAGACACUCGGCAGAUGUGGUAAGAGUGCCUGGGAGACAAUGGUAAACAAUUCUUAAAUAGUUUACCAAAUUCUUCUGGGAAAGCACCGGAAUGGGCUGGCGUGGUUAUUGUGAUUGGAGUGUUCAUUUAUAUCUACUCUUGUUCAUUGACAAACUUCAUCUAUACAUUUCAGAUCAAUAAAACAUUUUAGAAAAUAAUAUUCAGGUAUAUGGUUUCACAAUACAUUUAAAAUUGCAAACUCCAUUUGAUGUUUUCUUUAGUUCUCUAUUAGACGUUUCUGGAUGAAGAUGGCAGAAUGAAUUGCUACAAACAGAUAAUUCCCAUUGACUGGGCAGCUUUUUCCAGCUAUAAAAUUCAAGAACCUUCUCUUUAUCAGAGCCCAUCGCUGACACAGUCAUAUUAUGUUCUCUGUCAGCUGCUUACCAGCAUCAAAACACCUUCUGAACCAUUGUCAUCUCUAUUAAAUAUACUUUGUCACUUGCAGAAGGGACUUUAACGGUUUGUAUAGGAAGAUCAAACUUAGACAUAUUUAGUUGUGUGGUUAAACAUACCCAGUAGAAAUUAAUUGAUAUGAAAUUCAAAUACAUGUACCAUAUGUAAACCAAAUACUACAUUAAAGUGAAUAUCAGUUUCAAAUGACAUCAUCACAUAAAAGUGCAAAUAAGUGUAAUUUCACUAUACAUGUAUGACUUAAAAACAGGGUCAGCCCAAGACAUUGUGCUGCUUGGGUCGAAGGAUGAAAUGCUGCCCCACCCCAACAUCCCCUUGCGCACAUUUAGGAGAUGCAGUGUGUGUAUUGUAUGCAGUGUGUAUAGUGGAUACAGAGUGCGUGUGUGUGUGUGUGUGUGUGUGUGUGUGUGUAGUGGAUGCAGUGUAUGUGUGGAUGCAGGAUAGUGGGUGCAAUGUCUUUAUAGUGGAUGUUGUGUAGUGGCUGCAGUGGCUGUGUAGUUGAUGUAGUGUAUUGUGUGCAGUGUCUGUGUUUGUGUCUUUUGUAAAGUGUAGUGGUUUCAGUGUCUGUGUGUAGUGCAGGUAAUGUGUGCAGUGUGUGUACUGGAUGCAGUGUCUCUGUGUAGUGCAUGUAGUGUGUGCAGUGUAUGUGUGUUAAGUGCAUGUAGUGUGUGUAGUAAAUGCAGUGUAUAUGUGUAGUGGAUAUAGUGUAUGCAGUGUCUCUUUGUAGUGCAUGUAGUAUGUGCAAUGUAUGUGUUUGUAGUACAUGUAGUGGAGUAUGUGUGUAGUGGAUGCAGUGUCUGUGUGUAGUGUGUGUAGUGAAUGCAGAGUCUGUGUAGUGGAUGCAGUGUCUGUGUGUAGUGGAUGCACUGGCUGUGUGUACUGGAUGCAGUGUCUGUGUGUAGUGCUUGUAGUGUGUGUAGUGAGGCUGUGAGAGGUGAUCAGUUUUUUAAAAAUUUAUGAUUACGUGUAUUUUACCCUCCCUGCCUCUUACCUGUGUCAGCGGGGAGCACUAGUUUCCAUGGUGGCCUAAUGGCACAUUUUACUGUGUCCUGUGGAAAAGGGGCACAGAAGUCUGAUGUUUCCCUACUGCAGCCUUAUGUUUUCUCCUCUCGCGAGCCGAGUGAGCGUUGCCGUGGCAAGGCUUAGCUUUGCCAUGGCAACCCGCGGCAACGCUCUCACAGUGUUACGAGAGGAGAACAUAUGAAGCUACAGGAGGGAAACAUCAGGCUUUUGGGCCCCCGCUCUACAACACAAAUUAGCAGGGGCCCAGAACUGCAUACAUAUAUAUAUAUAUAUAUAUAUAUAUAUAGCGGUAAUCGAUAUAUAUGUAGAAAGGCCAUUAGACCUGAAUUUGUGGGAGGAAUAAGUCCCCUACUUAAACUCCCAGCCCCUACUCACCUCUGCCGGUUCAGUUGAUUGUCUAUCUCCAUAGCAACCAGCACUUCCGGUCCGAGUUUUACUGCCAAACGACUCCAGUCUCCUGCAGUAAGAGGUUUCCAGUGGAAUCCUCCGUCCAUUCGUUCUGCAGCCCUGCCACCAGCCUUCUUCACGGCCGCGGUACUUGUCUUCCGGUCACGAGACCGGCACGCUCACGUAAGCUUGUGAGGGAAAUAGCAUUCGGCUAUUUCACUCCGUUCGGGCCUAAAAACGUAGGGGUAGGCUCCCUUUUUUCUAUCACAUUACCAAUUUAGGUAUACUUACCUAUUCGUGCAUUUCCGCAUUCGCUUCACUAAAAUAGACGAACGCUCGCUAUACUUACGUUUCAUGGGGGCUUUCGCAUGAUCUAACUGCCGAAAUACAAGCAUAACUCUAAGGCUAAUCGUUUCAAUCCUGUUUUACCGUUCGGUCAUACGCACGAACCAUGUACUUAUUACUUACCUGUUCGGGCACUUUAAACGAAUUGUGUAAAACCUGUUCACCCCUCGCUAACGUACCUAAUUCAUGCUAUUCGUGCGGGAGUAAACGAACGCACAUUAUACUUAACCUAAGCAGGUCCCACGUUCGGCUAAAACUACCGAUCCCCGUUCAGUAUAAUACAAACAUUUCAUGUACACAAAUUCACUUUAUUACAUAUACUGUCUGUUCGGUUAUUUAACUGUUUGUACUACCUGUCAGUAGGAGUUAUUAAAUAAAUUUAUAAACUACAACCAUUUAUAACCUAAACUUUGUUUUACGGUUAACUAUGUCUAAAAAUAAAAAACCGUAGCCACUGUAUCUUAGUAAUCAGUUCUUUUUCCUACACCCACGUGGUUAGUAAUUCAUGUUUUACGUUCAUUUAUCAAUUAAAACAAAAUCCUCCUGACACCAAACAAAAGGGCAGAAUUCUAUAAAGUCCACAACAACUCUGUUCAAACACAACAUACAUAUAUUAUUAUUAACACGAUCUCCUAGGGUAAUAUUGGUAAAACCCCUAAAAUUUUAUUUUUUAAUCUACUACGUUUUCUCCUUAAAGUUACGCAGUCACUGUUACAUUUCUUUGGCUCCACAGAUUGCCUCAGUUCUAUUAUUUCUGCUUAAAGUUAGCAAAUUCAAGGUCUUGUAUUUACAAACCCAGGUAUAGUAUUUACUCACCAUGGUGUCAACCAUUUCCAUGCCUCAAUACUGCAUGCACUCUAAACUUAUCACAGAAAAAAUUGGUUAUUUAUAACAUACUGUCACAGCAUUCGCUAAUUAUCAAAUAUUUAAUGGGUUUAAUCCGUAGCUCCAGAAUUAUUCUAGGCCUCCACCGGAUUCUACGCAGGGACACCAGUUACGCUCAUCCUAGUAACCGUAUAACAAAUCAAGGUAUAUUUCUCUACUCAUUACAGGACCUUUUUCAUACAAGACCUAACGCGGUCUUGAUUUAUUACAACUAACUCAAGGUCCUACGUCCUUGGUGUGUUAAAUUCUCUAAAUUUUUCUUACCCAGGAAUACGGUCAUACUGCCAUCAGGCAAGAAAUUACCCAACCUACCUAAACCCGGUACUCAGCCACACUACCAGGUACUUACGUCCCUAUUCGUUACGGCAUUCACUACCCCAAGGCCUCAAUCAGCCUCUCUCUGUAACGUAAACUCGCCUCAGUCUUAGACUAACCAUUCAGAUCCCUCACUUCAGGAUCUCACGUUGCGCCCCUAACAGACAACCCUUACCCUUACGCAUAAAUACAUCAACAUAUGUCUUAAUCCUUAGGCUUCUUCUACGAGGACAGCAGCAGCCAAGACUCGCUACAUAAAAACAUUUGAAGUUUCCAGCUCUCUAUUAUAAACCCUUCAAAGUUAGUAUCCACACAUUACACCAGAAUUACCAUUCAACCUUUAGUAUACAAGUGAACUGGCUUGCAGGGUCUAGGCUACCGCCCUAGCUCACCCUAGUAAAACAAAUCUGGUCCAGCGAGGCCAUCUCCCACCUCAACACGGAGGUACUGCCCCACACCCAAAUCAUAGUUAUAUGCCUCGCCCACCCUACUACACGGCCACAAGUUUUGAAUCUCUUUACAGUCACUGAGAGGCCAACACCCCGCCACCACGUCUGUUGCCACGAUUUCUCUAAGCCAAAUCAUAGAUAGAGCCUUUUUUUUAAGGUCUUUUAUAUCCAGGCUUCUUUGCCUGCUCCACGGGGUACCAGAGUCUUGCCCAGUUUCUUUGGAGCCCCACGCAAAGGCCGAAUUAGCUAUGUGGGGGACGUUUUUGGCAGAUUGGAACGGUAUUUCCAUGUUUAUCCCCCAUCUCUCCACUUGUUCACCCAUCAUCCACACAGACGCUGCAGCCAACACUGGUUUCGCAGCCAUCUUCAGGAACCACUGGUUCAGGGGUCACUGGCCCGCUGAGACGCAUGCCUUGCCAGGAUUCAGGGAGACCUCAGCCCUAUUCGAAAUUUAUCCCAUCGUGGCGGCCGCACACACUUGGGGUCAUCUCUGGUCCGGCAAGGCAGUAAAAUGCUAUUCUGAUAACUCGGCGGCUUACGAAAUCAUUAACAAGGGGCGCUCAUCGUCCCUUACCAUCAUGCGGCUGAUUCGCAAGCUGACCUGGCUGGCAGCAACCGUCCAGUUUCAUAUAGUUUGUUUUCACAUCCCGGGCACCCACAACACGGCCGAUGAUGCUCUUUCUCGCUCUCAAUUCCAGGUAUUCUUCCAGGCACUCCCUACGGGCUUUCUCACAACACCAUUAAACUUUACCUCACCGGGGUUCAGCACCAUAGCCUCACCAAUUUUCCUAACAACACCCCCUUCUUGUCAUCAUAUCCCACUAAAAAAGUCCUGAAAGGUAUAUUAAAGGUUUUGGUUCCACUCACCACUACAAGACUACCUAUAGAUGGACCUAUCUUUAAAUCACUUAGCAAUUUCCUUGAUGAAUUCCUGUUCAAUCCCAACACAAACCUGGUCAUCAAAUCCGCUAUUUAUCUUGCUUUCUACGGUUUUCUCAGACCCAGAGAGAUCACCGUUGUUUGUCAAGGAGAUAUCACGCACAGCCUAAAAACAUCACACCUCACUAAGGUGGAGGAUCACUACCUACUUAUGAUCCCAUCAACAAAAACUAACCACUCACAACACCCCACCAUAAUUCCUCUCUUCCCUACCGAUAAUGCCUGGUGUCCGGUCAAGGUGCUAGAUCACCUACGGUCAACCCAUCACGCGCACUUACCAGACUCUCCGCUCUUAUCACUACAAGGGCACCCGCUCACCACGGCUAAAUUCACGGCACACGUCAGAACAGUACUAUCCAAACUGGGUUACAAUCUGGCUUCAUUUUCCGGGCACUCAUUCCGCAUAGGAGCUGCUUCAUCAGCCUCUAGCACAAACACCCACAUCAUCAAGAAACUGGGUCGUUUGAAAUCCUCCAUAUAUCGACCAGAAAAAGAGCUUCGUCAAGCUUUCAGGAACUUGGUUAUGUAAAAAAUGCAAUAAAGUGUGUAUUUUCUCGAACUUCUCUUUUGCCCUCUUUUAUUUACAGGCCCACUCGUACGUUGGUUUCGGCACACCACAACCAACUUUGCCCUUUCAGAUACUAUCCAUUACGUAUUAAAUUCCGAGCACAAGUAGAAAGGCCAUUAGGCCUAAAUUUGUGGGAGGAGUAAGUCCCCUACUUAAACUCCCAGCCCCUACUCACCUCUGCCGGUUCAGUUGAUCAUCCCCACCCACCUACACCCUGUUAUCAUUACACUCUCCCUGGUGGGCCCUCUUUUAUUUACAGGCCUACGCGUACGUUGGUUUCGGCACACCACAACCAACUUUGCCCUUUCAGAAACUAUCCAUUACGUAUUAAAUUCCGAGCACAAAUAUAUAUAUAUAUAUAUAUAUAUAUAUGCAUAGGCGUCCCAGGCUUCACAGCAGGUACUUUACAGUGUACAUGGGUGGUAAAAUGCAGCCCCUGUAAAAGUGCUGCCUGGAACCACUGGAAAGGCCGGCCCUGAUUUGUUGCCUUUUUUGGAUCAGCAUAGAUGGAUCCGAUAGUACCUGCUCUGCCUUUUUUUUUUUUUUUAAAGCUAUAAAUAAGUUUAUAAAAAAUGUUACUGUAUUAUAAUAGUAUAUACAAUAACAACAAUUUCACAAUUUUUUGGGGCACCAUGUAAAUUACAGGGGUAGGGAUGGAGGGCAGUUACGGGGGUGGGGGUGGUAACGGGGGUAGUGGGAUGGAGAGGGGGAUGGAGGGGCAUUACAGGGGGUGGGGGUGGUAACAGGGGUAGUGGGAUGGAGGGAGCAGUAACAGGGGGGAUGGAGGGGCAGUGACAGGGGUGGGGUAGUAACAGGGGGUAGGGGGAUGGAGGGGCAGUGAGAGGUGGUAGGGGGCUGGAGGGGCAGUAACAGGGUAGGGUGAAGGAGGGGCAUUGACAGGGGGUAGUAACAGGGAGUAGGUGGGGUAGUAACAGGGGAAGGGGAAUGGAGGGGCAAUGACAGAAGGAGUAGAGGGGCAGUAAUAUGGAGUAGGGAGGAUGGAGGGGCAGUAACAUGAGGUAGGGGGUCGUGGAGGGGCCUAAAUUGCCUAAUUAGAGAGCCGCCUCUGCAUGCAUGAUGCCACUGCCUGUAUUCACCAGAAAUGCUAGUUUUUCUACAGUCAUUUGUAUUUCUUUUCUUAAAAGAAGCUCUCACUUCUGUCUGAGAGGAGGCAGGAAGCGGUUACUAAUCAGUUUAACUACUUACAUUGGGAGGACCCCAGGGCACUCAUGACACCAUAACCACUACAUUGUGUUGUAGUGGUUAUGGUGUUUAGAGUGUUCCUUUUAAUACUCUGUUUUAUAAACACCUAAUUCUUUGCAUGUAAUACUUGCAGUGAGCAUUUGUCACCUCUCUUGUACUUGCUUUUGGAGAAAUUCAGACAUUUUGUCACCUUUUGUGGUCUUUUCAUAUUUUGCAAUAUAUCUAGUGAUGAGCAAGAUAAUGCUGUAUUCCCACAACUGUCACUAGCGACAGCCUUUUUUAAGGUUUUGACAACUGGAGGAUUUACCAUAAGAACAAGUAGUCCAUAGGUUGCCUUAUGAUAACUUUUGACUGCACAGUGAAAUUCUAACACAGUCUUUAGGAGCAUUCCAUAAAGAUUCUACGUUGUAUGAAAUGCUCAAAUGUUUUUUGGGGGGUGACAGAAAUGCUUUAAUAUUUUCCCAUUGGGAACAAUAACAAAUAACUUGAAUUUUAGACUUCUUACAUACCCAUUAGACAGUACUGCUGUGUAUCUACUUUGCAUAUUUUUUUCCUGCACACUCAUUAUUGUUCCAUAUCAGGAGACGGAGUUAAUUUGUUAAUGUAUUUAAAACAUUAUUCCUUUUGGUGGUAUUUCAUACCUUGAGCAGAGGAUUUCUGUUUGCAUGAGUUAAUCCUCCAGUGCCGUAGAAGAAGUGAUGUUGAUAAUCAUAUUAUAUUUAUUGUCUUUGAAUCCACUCUCCAGACAACCAUUUCCCCCUGAGAUGUGAUACAGUUGUUCAAUGCUCGACCAAGCCCUGACAUUCAUGCCUGGAAGAUAUGCUUUUCUUUGUAGGGCUACAUUUAGUCUUUAUUUAGAACGUUUUUUUUUUUAAUAAUAAAUAAUGCAUGAUACCCAGAGAUAGAAAUCCAGAAUAAUAUGCACUGUUAUGGAUCCUGUAAACAACGUGGUUUUGUAUAAGAAUAGAAUUAACACGUAAUCCUCCAAUUUUAUUAAAGGACACGGAGGCUCUUAUUAGGCUUUCCUCUUUCUUUAUUCCUCAGCAGCAAAGAAAAGCUAAGGUGUUUAUUUGUAGAAAAAAGGAAAAGAAAACAUGUAUAACUACCCUCACAGGGUUAACAUUACAUCAUUAUCUCCUAUCCAAUAGGAGCAGUCCUUCUCUGAUAUCCUUUCCUGUAACCUCCUCCUCUUCCUCUUUCUUUGCUGCUGCCUCAGCUAAGUAACACUUUGUUUUUUCUCUUAACUGUCAUUUGUACUUAUAUAUGUGUGUAUGACUUUAUUUUAAAUUAUGCCUGUUUUGUGACCUGACUUAAACUCAGCAGAACGCAUUGUGCGUUUGGUGUACACCCCCCCUUCAAGCUAACCCUCCGUGGGGGGGCCCCUUUCCCACAUUGUCCCGCCGGUACCCCGCCCCCCCGCGGGGAUACCGGCUCCACACUUGCCGCUGGGUAGUUUAUUACCCCCCUCAUCGGUCACGCGGCGCAGGGAAUCCUCGAGGACCGGACCGGCUCUCUCUCCCGGCGGAGGGUUCCCCCGCCGCGGCCUCUCGUUCAUGAGCGCCGCGCGCGCGCGCAUGCGCGGCCCGUACUGGCGCCCAUCUUAAAGGGGCGGCACUAGAAAAAAUUUUGCCGCUCUUUUUUCUCCCUCAGCUCAUUCAGCCCACUGCAGGGCGCGAGCUGAUUGGUUUGUUUGCUGUACUGUUAGCUUGCCAGUGAUCCCAGGAGCCAUUCCUGAGGGAACACUCGGUAAGCUAACAGUACAUUCUGUGCUUGUUGUCCUGCUGCCUUGUCUCUUGCCUGUUUUUAGUAGCUCAUUACUGACACAUCAUGUAGCCAUAUACAUAAUCCUGUCUUUUAAACCCAUGAUGCAGACCCCUGAGGAUUUCUCUGCCCCUGGCCCCAGUGAUAGAGGUGAUACCAAGGCCCAGCACGGGCCCUCUGUGGCUGAACCCAUAUCCCUGCAUAGGGACAUGGUGGCCCCUCUGGAACAAUUGGACUCUGAGGAGUUCCACUCGCUCCUGGACGCCACCAUGUCAAAAUCGGUUACCCAAGCUAUCUUUACCGCCAUGGGGGUUAUGUCGGAUAACUUGUCACACUCCAUUUCGAGUGCCAUUAAGGCAUCUAACCCCAACAUGACUCAAGCCAGGGCCGCAGAGGGGGAACCUUUAAGCAGAGAGGGCCGUAAGGCCGUGAGUAAAACCCACAAUGUGGGAACACAUGCCUCCAAAACUAGACUGAUGGACAGGGUACGUCCUGUCGCACCUGAGGUCGUGGGGCCCCACGAAAACGAGCCACCCUCCGGGCAAAAGCGGCGCGGACAUGGAAGAGGGCAAAAGCCCUGUCAGAUUCUUCCGACACUGAUUCGGAUAGUGAGGAGGUUUUGAACGAGUCGGACCCAGCCGACUCAGAAGAAUGGGAGUUUUCCUCCCCGGACCAGAGUCCGACACGCAAUCCAGCCAACCCCGUGCAUGACACGGCGGAUGACACCGCUAUUCUGGACCCCCAGGGCGAACCUCUGUUCGACCCAGAUACCUUACAAAACCCGGGGUCGGCGGAGUGGUAUCCAACCGACAAUGUAGCACGAUACAUAGCGGCCAGAAUCCGCAAACCUUUCGAUAAAGCCACCAGGCAAAAAUUACGGGCUGAAUGCCCACGCCCGACAGUGCCCGACAUGGCCUGUGCCACACCAGAUGUCGACCCCAAAAUAGCACAGUUCCUGGGUAAGUCUGGCUGGAAGGCGAAGAAGGGACUUGAUUACUCCCUAUGCCACUAUCAAGAUAAGGUGCUGGAUACAUUGGGCCCUAGUGCCAAGAUUUUUGAGUUGGUCGAAGCGGCCUUAAAUGAGGGAACGCCUCUUGAUUUACUAGCCAUUAGAGGCUGGGCCCAACGGUCGAUAUGCCUCAUCGGCAACGCUAACGCUGCACUGGCCACGGAAAGGCGCAAAACUAUUUUAAUGAAAAUCGAGCCCAAGCUAGUUAACAUGGCUCUCACCGAACCGGGGCCGCAAGCCAAGGGUCUCCUGUUCGGAGACAACUUUGUUAAAGAACUGGGAACUUAUGUGAGCACAUUUACGGCCCUAGACAAGGCACAGACAAAUUUAAAAAGAGUGUUCUCUCCCAGAGUUUUUGGUAGGGCCGGCAGACACCGGGGCCGUCUGCCCGGCCGUUCUUCCCGCGGUUCCUACCGGGAAUACAGAGGUCCCGCCACGGCUAGAUUCCAGCCGCCAGAGAGUCGUACGCCCUCACCCUUCUUCCCGGUCAUGGCCAGACCAUGGCAACCUCGGGGACCCAGAGGCAACUCGUACAGCCGCCGACCUUAUGGUAAGUGUAUUACCUCCCCCCCUCCCGGGUGUACCGACUGUGGGGGGCAGACUGUUAUACUUUAUAGAGUCCUGGCAACAGCUGACUGCGGACGUAUGGGUCCUCAACACCAUCAGGGGUUACCACAUAGAGUUUGUGCGACCCCCGGUCCAAACGCACAGGCCACACCGCAUAGUUUUCUCCCCACAAGACAAGGGCCUGGUGAGUGAGGAGAUUCGCACCCUCCAAGCGAAGGGCGCCAUAUACCGGGUCCCUUCACCAUCCCCUGGGUUCAUGAGCAAUCUCUUUCUGGUACCCAAGAAGGGCGGCGGAGUACGCCCAGUCAUCAACUUGCGGCCACUAAACGCAUUUGUGCGGUACCACCAUUUCAAAAUGGAGGGUAUCCACUGCCUGCGAGACCUGCUCAGGUUAGGGGACUGGAUGGUGAAGCUGGACCUCCAAGAUGCAUAUCUUACAAUCCCCAUUGCGGAGGAGUGCCACCACCUGCUCCAAUUCCAAUGGGAAGCGGCAAUGUGGCGAUUCCGCUGACUUCCCUUUGGUCUCUCAUCGGCCCCUUGGUGCUUCACCAAGCUGCUGAAGCCGGUGGUCGCCUCUCUACGCAGCAGAGGAGUACGGAUGAUCAUUUAUCUGGACGAUAUGCUGAUCAUGGCGCACGAGGCCCGUCAAUUGCAACAGCACCUGGCAUGGGCAGUGUCACUGCUGCAAAAUCUGGGAUUUCUCAUCAACUGGGAAAAAUCGGUGCUUACCCCGUCCCAGAACAUAGAAUUCUUGGGUUUUCACAUAGAUGCGACUACCGGGACGCUCAGCUUACCGACGGACAAGGUCAAACUCAUCAAAAAGGAGAUCCGCAGAACACUCAAGAGGCCGGUACUGACACUCCGGCAACUAGCCAGAGUAAUCGGACUCCUCUCAGCCUCCAUCCAGGCCAUAUUCCCGGGGCCACUGCACUACAGGGCCCUACAGCGUCUAAAGGCCACACAACUACGCUCAGGGCAUGCGUACUCCGACUCUGUGCCACUCGACUACGAGGCCAAACAGGAGCUCACAUGGUGGCUGCUACACAUGGAGGCGUGGAACGGCAGAGCAAUAUUCGGGUCUGCCCCAGACUUCAUCGUAGAGUCCGAUGCGAGCACGCACGGUUGGGGAGCGCGCUGCGGGCCUACCUCCACCGGAGGAACCUGGUCGUGCUCAGAGAAACAAUUACACAUCAACGGUUUGGAACUCAUGGCGGGAUCUUUUGCCCUUAAGAGCCUCCUCGGGGGCAUAACCAAUUGCUCCAUCGUCCUACGCAUGGACAACAUUUCCGCAGUCCGCUACAUCAACCACCUCGGUGGCACGAGAUCGAAGAUUUUGGCGGACCUGGCCAAGGAGUUCUGGCAACACUGCCUGGAACACAACAUCUCGGUCCAAGCGGAAUACAUCCCGGGUAUGUCCAACGUGGUAGCGGAUUGGCAUUCCAGACACAUACAAGACGCCAGCGACUGGCGACUGGACCGCGAUGUGUUCUUACAGCUUCAGGCGCUCUGGGGCCCGAUGCAAAUCGACCUGUUCGUAUCCCGGCUGAACUCACAACUGCCAACGUUCUUCAGUUGGAGACCAGACCCAGACGCACUAGCAGCGGACGCUUUUCUCCAACACUGGCCGAACAGCCGAUUAUAUGCCUUCCCUCCGUUCUCCCUCAUAGCUCGCACUAUAGUACAUCUCAGACGUACUCAAGCGACCCUGGUCCUCAUAACACCGUUUUGGACAACCCAACCGUGGUUCCAGACUCUAAUGGAAAUGUCCAUGGACUUCCCGAGACUACUCCCGGACCCCUGGUUCCUUUUAUCAGACCCAGAGGGCAAUCCACAUCCCCUCAUGACCCAGGGGCGACUCAAAUUCUUAGCGUGGCUCCUUUCAGGGGACCCUGGAGCAUACCGGACGUUCCACAGGACACUGUCGAACUACUGUCGGGAGCUUGGGCACCUGGAACUAGACGCUCCUACCUCUAUGCCUGGAACGGAUGGGCUAGUUGGUGCAUGGAACAACAAGUGGAUCCCGUACGUGCUCCUGUAAGUUAUCUGUUACGGUUCCUCACCAACCUACAUAAUCAAGGUUUGGCCUACCGGACCAUCAACGUCUAUAGAUCAGCAAUCUCAGCAGGGCACCAAGGUAUAGAGGAAACCCCAAUGGGUCAGCAACUUCUUGUAUGCCGUCUCCUAAGGGGCAUUCGCUUUGCCCGCCCACCACGACCCCGAUAUUCGUCAUUGUGGGACGUCAACUCCGUGCUGACGCUGUUAGAGUCCUGGCCUCAAAACUAAACACUUACGCUCAAACAACUGUCAGCGAAACUGACCAUGCUCCUCUGCCUGCUAUCUUGCAAGAGGGUAUCAGACGUUAGAGCACUGGAUGUUGAUGCACGCUCCUUUACCCCCACAGGAGUCUCAUUCAACAUCUCCAGACGUACGAAAUCGUCAAUUACAUCAGUCUCAUACCCUUCGUUCCCACACAACGAGAAGCUCUGUCCAGUACACUGCCUACGAGAAUAUGAGAAACGAACCUCGGAAUUCAGGAAAUCAACACAUCCGGAAUUGUUUCUGGCCAUCAGACAACCACAUCAACCUGUCUCCACGGUAACCCUCGCCCGCUGGGUGAAAUGGAUAAUGACGUUAGCUCACAUAGAUACCUCCGUAUAUGGCGCACACUCUACUAGAGGAGCCAUGGCAUCGAAAGUGUUCACGUUAGGUUGUAGAUUAGAGGACCUCAUGAGAACGGCAGACUGGUCCAGGGAAUCAACGUUUAAAGAAUAUUAUUUUCGGCAAACAGAACACGUGUCGAGCCUAGUUAUUUCACAGCUUUGAACUAGCCUAAUAAGAGCCUCCGUGUCCUUUAAUAAAAUUACCAGAUUUUACUAAUUACAUGACGUAAAGUCAUGAUUUUAUAAAGGACACGGAGGCGAGUAUUAGCCCGCCCGGAACAGAUACACAAGUUGUGUAUCCCAACCCAGGUACGUACUAGGUAUUUUGGUAGAAAGAGUUCCCUUUUCAUAUAAGUGGUUCUUGGUAAUACAUAACGUUGUUGGCAAUGACAUGUUUGGUUAAACAUAACGGUUUUCAUAAACAGCUCAAGUUUGAUAUAUAAGAGUAAAACGACGAUAGUUGGCAAGGACACGCUUUACCACUAUUUUCUUUGUUUUCCAGCGUGAACAAUCCUACAACUCCUAGUAUGGACGACAAGUUCAAGUUCAAGGGGAUCAGUUCCGGAGGACCCCGGCGUUUUAUUCCCCAUGGAAGAGUUCACGGUCAAGUUCAAUGUUCAACUGUUUUUUGUGUUUAGGUUGUGUUCGACCGAGUGGAUAGUUACUUGGUACAGAAACGAACUUUAGCUUCGGCAACAUCAAGAAAGAGGAAGAGGAGGAGGUUACAGGAAAGGAUAUCAGAGAAGGACUGCUCCUAUUGGAUAGGAGAUAAUGAUGUAAUGUUAACCCUGUGAGGGUAGUUAUACAUGUUUUCUUUUCCUUUUUUCUACAAAUAAACACCUUAGCUUUUCUUUGCUGCUGAGGAAUAAAGAAAGAGGAAAGCCUAAUACUCGCCUCCGUGUCCUUUAUAAAAUCAUGACUUUACGUCAUGUAAUUAGUAAAAUCUGGUAAUUUACUUUAGUGUUUGCUGAAAUAAGGUAAAGGAGAAUAAAUAGAUAGAAUCUCUGAUGUGGACACUUUAUUAAUAUCUUCAUCAUAGUCCAGUGAUGGUGAACUAAUGACACAUUUGCCGCAGCUGGCACGCAAAGGCCUGUUUGUGUAUUUUGGCAUGUGAGCCAUACGUUCGCCACAUUGAGAGAACAAAACCUAAGGCCAACAGGGAAAAUCAAGGGAUCUCCCCACCUUCCGCUGUAGGCCUGGCACUACCAUAAAGAAUGGACUCCACGGCUGGUGACGAGAUCAAAGAUCUAUCUCACCGGGCAAACCGCCCUCAAGUUCUCCUUCUACUGUAGCCGAUCAUUGCCGUGGUUUACCAUAGCAGUAAUUUCAGCCUUCUUUCACUUGCCGAAACACUGACAAGAAGGUCAGAAAGAUCAUCAUUUGUUACUGUAUCUCUUGUGCAGAGAGGACUUUCUGACAUUUUGGUUCUGAACUAUCCUUAUGGGUGCGAUCAGUCUAAUAUGCAAAAUGGCAUAGGUUCUCUUUGUAAUUGCACAUGUGAGCAAAAACCUCAUUCCCAGGUCAAAGGGUCAGAAUUGUACUUACCACCACCGGACCACCAGGGAUGGCUGUGUCCCCCCUCCUUCAUUAAAGGUAAGCAAGAGGGAGGGGGGAUACAGAUUUAGUAUACUUUUUUUUUUUAACCACCCCCUCCCCACACACAGUACCUCUACCUACACAGAGCACCCCUCCACCCCCACACACACAGCACCCCUACCCCCAACACACACACAGCACCCUUACCCACACAGAGCACCCCUACCCCCAACACACACACACACAGCAACCCCUACCCCCCCCAGAGCACCCCCUACCCCCACACACACAGCACCCCACCCACAAAUGUACAACACACACACAGCACCCCUACCCCCAGAGCACCUCUACACACCCCCCACACACAGCACCCCAGGCAAUUCCCCCUACAUAGCACCCCUACCCCCCUAGAGCACCCUUAUCUCCCCACACACAUCACCCCAACCCACACAGUGCACCCCUACCCCAGCACACAUGCAGCACCCCUACACCCCAGAGCACCGCUACCCCCCACAGCACCGCUACCUCCCACAGCACCCUACCUCCCAACACACAGCACCCCUACCCCUCCACACACACACACAGCACCCCUACCCCAACACACACAGCACUCCUACCCCAACACACACACAGCAGCCCUACCCCCAGCACAGCACCCUUACCCCCGCCCAGCACCCCUACCGCCUCACAGCACAGCACCCCUACCUACCCUCACACACAGCACCCCUCUCACACACACACACACACAACACCCCUCACACACACAGCACCCCAACACAUAGCACCCCUACCCCCACAACACACACACAGCACCCCCACCCCCAACACACACACACACACAGCACCCCACCCCAACACACACACACACAGCACCCCUACCCCCACACACACAGCACAGCACCCCUACCCCCCACACAGCAUAGCACCCCUACCCCCACACAGCACAGCACCCCUCACACACACACACACAGCACCCCUCACACACACACACUUUAUCCCUCAAUGCCAUGUGUGUGUGUAUUCAGCAGUCUGUGUGUGUGUAUUCAGCAGUACGAGUUGUUUUUUCUAAAUUUAAACAUCAGUAUUCAGGUUUAAUUGCAGUGUUGGCACUUUGAAGAAACAAACGUUGGCAUGUAUUGCGGUUUGGGCACUCGGGCUGAAAAAGGUUCACCAUCACUGUACUACACUGUAUUUUAGAACAGUUUGACUUCUUAACUAGGGUCCCUGUCACAACUCCCCAGCUCACUGCAGCUCCCAGGAGAGCUGGAAUCUGCUGCCUAGGACCUUCUAUUAGCUCUCCUGAGCUAAAUCUUGCAGGUCUCUCUCAACCAGUGAGCUAAUCCCAAUCCACACAUCUCCUCACUGUGACUCACACAACCUCCAUUAAAAAAAAAAAAAUAAAUAAAUUCAAUCAGAUCUUACAGCACAGUCUGUUUACUUUAGCUGUUGUUUAAUUGCACACACAGGACGAUCCGUAUUAGCCAACGAACUUAGGGAGAAGGUUAGCCACAGGCUAUGCUAGUGUCAUUAAAAUAGGUUAUGUCCAAUACAGAAGUAUGCCCAAUACAAGAAGUCAGGAAGGGAGAGGUCCUUGGACCUCACUAUGGCAGUCCAGGUAUGUCGCUAAGGGUUUUUUAACACCGUCAAUACAAUUAAUUGUUUACUGAUUUUAUGCUUGGCAUUCAACUUCUUCUAGGAAUAUUUACUAAACCAUGUGGAGAAUUGAUAAGAAUACAGUGAGGGAAAAAAGUAUUUGAUCCCCUGCUGGUUUUGAACAUUUGCCCACUGACAAAGAAAUGAUCAGUCUAUAAUUUUAAUGUUAGGUGUAUUUUAACAGUGAGACAGAAUAACAAAAAAAAUCCUGAAAAACGCAUGUAAAAAAAGUUAUAAAUUGAUUUGCAUGUCAAUGACUGAAAUAAGUAUUUGACCCCUUCGACUUAGUACUUGGUGGCAAAACCCUUUUUGGCAAUCAUAGAGGUCAAACGUUUCUUGUAGUUGGCCACCAGGUUUGCCCACAUCUCAGAAGGGAUUUUGUCCCACUCUUCUUUGCAGAUCCUCUCCAAGUAAUUAAGUUUUCGAGGCUGACGACCCGUUUUCAAUGCCCUGGCUGAGGUAAGGAGGUUUUUACACAAGAUUUGAUGCUACAUGGCUUUGUCCAUCGUCCCUUUGAUGCAGUGCAGUUGUCUGUUCCCUUAGCAGAAAAACAUCCUCAAAGCAUAAUGUGUCCAUCUCCAUGGUGGACGGUGGGGAUGGUGUUGUUGGAGCAUUCCUCCUCCUCCAAACACGUUGAGUUGAUGCCAAAGCGCUCGAUUUUGGUCUCAUCUGACCACAAUACUUUCACCCAGUUCUCCUCUGAAUCAUUCAGAUGUUCAUUCCAAACUUCAGAUGGGCCUGUACAUGUGCUUUCUUGAGCGGGUGCUUCAGUCCUUCACGGCAUAGUGUGUUACCAAUUGUUUUCUUGGUGACUGUGGUCUCAGCUGUCUUGAGAUCAUUAACAAGAUUCUCCCGUGUAGUUCUGGGCUGAUUUCUCACCGUUCUCAUGAUCAUUGAAACUCCACGAGGUGAGAUAUUGCAUGGAGCACCAGACCAAGGGAGACUGACAGCUUUUUUGUGUUUCUUCCAUUUGGGAAUCGUCGCACCAACUGCUGUAACCUUUUCACCAAGCUGCUUGGCGAUGGUCUUGUAGCCCAUUCCAGCCUUGUGCCUGACAUCCUUGGACAGCUCUUUGGUCUUGGCCAUGGUGGAGAGUUUGGAAUCUGAUUGAUUGAUUGCUUCUGUGGACAGGUGUCUUUUAUACAGGUAACGAGCUGAGAUUAGGAGCAUUCCCUUUAAGAGAGUGCUCCUAAUCUAAGUUUGUAACCUGUACAAAAGACACCUGGGAGACAGUAAUCUUGCUGAUUGAUAGGGGAUCAAAUACUUAUUUCACUCAUUGACGUGCAAAUCAAUUUAUAACUUUUUUGACAUGCGUUUUGCUGGAUUUUUUUUUGUUAUUCUGUCUCUCACUGUUAAAAAGUACCUACCAUUAAAAUUAUAGACUGAUAAUUUCUUUGUCAGUGGGCAAACAUUCAAAAUCAUCAGGGGGUCAAAUUCUUUUUUCCCUCACUGUAUGACUGUUUUCAAGCCAAACUAACGGAAUUAGGGAAAUUCAUUUAACUCUGCUUUUUUUCCAGCCCAGCUAUUCUGGCUUAAUUGGAAACUCCCUGGUCAGUGCACUUUAAUUCUUAGUAUUUUUUUCAUUUAAUAAUUCUAUCAAGAGAACUGGGGUCUACAACCCUGCACCAACAGAGGUGAUGGUUAUAAGAUGAAUGGAUUAAUUUCAUUAAACAAUGUUAUAUACUAUUUAUUCCAACUAUCUCAUCCAACUGGACUAAUAUUAUCUGAGCUGCAGCUUUUUUCAGAAAAUGUUUUAUUUAUUUUUAAAUAAUGUUAUGUAAUAUGUUCUAGUUUUUUUAAAAAAAAGGCAAAUAGACAGAACUGAAAACCUUUCAUGUGCAUUCAUGAGACAGAGAAAACUGUAUUUGUGCAGAAUCUUGGCUGAAUGAGCUAGAGAAUGGAAAAUAUUGUACAGACGGAAAAAAAUUAUUCCCUUGGCAGCCAGUCGCACAUUGCAGUAAAUUGGGUAAAUAUGACUAAAGUUUAAAGCAAUGGACAAACUGAAUGUGUCACGUGUGACCCCCUUGAUGCAUUUUGAGAACAGCUAAAAUCAUGUUUUUUGGUUAACUCUUUGAGUAUUAAGAGUGUGAAUGUACAAUUUAUGUCCUUUCAGUUCUGAAGAUGUUCUGAAGUGGUUGUAGGAAUGUUUUGUUGCCAUAGUAUUGGGCAAAAUUGUGGCUCUUGGUCUCUGUGAAAAAAAAAAAAAAAAAAAAGAAGUAACAUACUGAAAACUAGGAGGAGUUUUUACAACACCACACAGUAAUCAUUUAAAGGGUUACUCCAACCUGCUCCAGUUUAACAUAGGGCGUAAUGGAGCUGAAGCUCCAGGCUCAUCCUCAUGGAAUCGGGCCAUUUUUAAACUACUUUUCACAUGCUUUUGCUUUGUGCAGAGUGCAUUAACCCCUUCAGGACCAAACUUCUGGAAUAAAAGGGAAUCGUGACAUGUCAUGUGUCCUUAAGGGGUUAAAGGACCACUAUAGUGCCAGGAAAACAAACUUGUGUUUAACCCCUUAACCCCCUCCCGCCGGGCUCAAGAAGGGUUAAGGGGUUAAACACUUACCUUUCUCCAGAGCCGGGCUCCCUCGGCGCUGGGGAAAUCUCCUCUCUCUUCCGAUGUCAGCGCUGAAUGCGCAUGCACGGCAAGAGCCGCGCGUGCAUUCAAUCAGUCCAUAGGAAAGCAUUUCUCAAUGCUUUCCUAUGGACAGCAGCAUCUUCUCACUGUGAUUUUCACAGUAGGAAGCGCGGAAGCACCUCUAGCGGCUGUCAAUGAGACAGCCACUAGAGGCUGGAUUAACCCUAAUGUAAACAUUUCUCUGAAACUGCUAUGUUUUCAGCUGCAGGGUUAACCCUAGAUAGACCUGGCACCCAGACCACUUCAUUGAGCUGAAGUAGUCUGGGUGCCUAUAGUGGUCCUUUAAUUAUCCCAAUUGUUCUCCAGCCUUUUACUACUCACGUGAGCCUACUUAAAUCCUUCUCUGACAUCACUUCCUGGCCUUGUUGUUGUCGAGAGGGCAUUAUAGUAUUCAGCGAGUUUUCUGGUUUUCACUUGGCUCUGUUAUGCUAUUACUCUUACCUCUGACAUUGGCUUUGUGUACUCGAUUUUUCUACCUUGACCUUGGCCUGUUUCCAGUUAUACCUAUAUUCUAUCAGGACUAUAGUCUAUAUUAGAGAAAAAGGAUAGGGUCGCACUCAGCCACAACAAUUCAGCCCAGGGUGCUACUGAGCAUGGGUCAGCAAAAAACCCCAAGGAAUAUGUACAAAUAGAAAAAUCUCAGGCACUCACUGCGAUUGUUUCCAGGCAGAUUUAUUGCAACUUUUCGACCUGUAAAAAUCUUUAUCAAGCUAACACCACAGUGACAAAAUUGCACUUAUAUACACACAAGUUACAAACAAACAAUCAAUUAAUUAAGUAAACAAUUAGGCAAUUAGAAAUGUCAUUAGACAAAGAAGUGUUAAAAAUAAUACAACAAUAUAUCAAGUUAAUACAUCAAACUUUUACAAAGACAUGGUAAGGAAUAAAUAGAUAAAUGGCUGAAACAGAUAGUCAAUGAAAAUACAAGCAGUCCAGGUUUUACUCAAAAUCACAUAAACAAUUAUAUAUGCACAGAUCUUUUAGAUAAAUAUAUCACCAAACUAAAGUUGUGCAGUUGAUCAUAUGAGACUAUACCUGGGAUUCAAUGAGAUACCAAGCACAUCGAGGAGACCAGACCGCCUCUCCCACGUGACUAGACGCGAUUACGUCACAAGCCACGUCAAAGGUACGGUGGCCGCAAAGGGUAUACAGCAUCUGAAAUCCGAGCGCAUGUGCGAAAAGAAACCUAAUCGCGCAUGCGCUUAGAACCAAGACGCACAUCCAGGGCAACAGGCGAUGCAUAGAAGUGUGCAUCAGCCCGUAGCCAAAUAUCAUACACAUAUCCCCAGGCUGAACGAGCAGUUUUUGGUGUCAUAACAUGGUGUUAGCUUGAUAAAGACCUUAACAGGUCGAAACGUUGCAAUAAACCUGCCUGGAAACAAUUGCACUGAGUGCCUGAGCUUUUUCUAUUUGUUAAUAUUGUAUGUUAGAGCAUGGCCACUCUAAGGUCCAGGAAUAUGCGCUGUAUCUUUUUAACUAUUAGUUGUCUCUUGCUUUCGUGUUGGGGUAGAACCUUGACAUCAUUAAAACCAGGGGGACCACAUGUCCCUCCAGCCACCUCCACGCAGACUGAGCUGGCAUACGUCCUUAUAGUCAGAGCGGUCUGAUUGGCUGGCUUAUUAGGCAAGUCCUAGACUUAGUAACUUAGUCAAAUUGUUUGAAAGAUGGUAUCAGCAAUAGCCCAUUUGUAAGAUGUUGGUGUUUUCCUUUGACCAUGCAGACUAGCAAAUAUUAUCAAGCACUGAAUUUUUAGAAUUGAAUUUAAACAAUUUAAAAUCAUGAGGUGGAACUUAUAAGACAUCACCUCAUGAAUAUACUGUGGCUUAUUUUUCAGCAGAUUUGCUGUAAACCUCAAUUAAACAUAAGCUAUUUACUUUUAAGGUACCUACAAGAACAUUAAUAUAAAAUUUAAUAAUUCUUUGCAAGGGUGGUGUUUGUUCUUUUUUUAAAUUAUUAUUUUUAUUCAUUUUACUUCUCCAUCUAUUUUUGUUUUGUUUUUUUUACUGACAUGUUAAUUGUAUUUUCUUCCCAGGAUGAGGUAAAAUUGCCAUCUAAGCUGAGCAUCAGCAAAUCUCUAAAGGACACAGAGAAGCAAGAGGUAGAGGAAGAAGAAGAGCAUAAAGAAAAUAAGGAAGAAAAUGAGAAUAUACAGCUCUCCUCAGACGAGGAGGUGGAACUGGAAGAAAUCAUUGAAGAGUCCAGAGCUGAACGCAUCAAGAGGAGUGGGAUGAGACGUGUUGAUGAUAUUAAGAAAGCAUUCUCUAAAGAAAAGAUGGAAAAGACCAAGGUUAAGACCAAAGAGAACCUAGAAAAAACAAAGCAAAAUCUGGAGAAGACCAAACACAACAUAGAGAAAAAGAUGACCAAGCUGGGAACCAAGAUAGUGACAAAUGAAAGACGAGAGAAAAUGAAGACCUCAAGAGACAAGUUCAAAAAAUCCUUCACUCCUGACCACCCUGUAUAUGCCCGGUCCAAAACAGCAGUGUACAAGGUGCCCCCAUUCACUUUCUAUGUUAAAAAGAUUAGGGAGGGUGAGGUUGAAGUCCAGGCCACAGAAAUGGUAGAGGUUGGUGGGGAGGGUGAAGAAGAAGAAGCAGCUGACCUGCUGAGAGGUGAGAGUCCCGAUCCCAAUUCCCUCCUGCAGAUCUCUGAGGACACUGAUGCUGUGUUGGCUGAAAGAAGUGACAGCGACUAACAAGGAAAAAUUCAGUUUCCUCCACUUGGACAGCUUACUACCUUUCACAUUUCAAACCAAUUUACCUAUCUUACCUUUCAUAUACACACAUCUCGUUCCUCUAUAUUUUUGCAGUUAUAACCACACGUCAAAAAAGAAAAAACUGAAAAAAAGAAGAUAUAUUUACGCAUAUGUAACUUACGCAUAACUACUUAACAGGCUGCACUAGCAAAUACAAAAUAAAUUUUUUUUAAAUUCCAUUAUUAUAUUUAUGUAACCAAAUCACAGAUACUUUUUUUUCUCUACUAUCCCGUUAGUUCCUACCAAUAAUUAUUUCAGGGUUUUUUCCCCCCAAGAAAAGGAUCUGUGCCAAGUUUGCCCAACUAUACUGUGUUUAUAAGUCAGCCAUGUCAUGUACUCUACAGAUGUUUCUGAGAUCAAUAUUGCUUCCCACCUUAUUAUAAAUAAAAAUGCAAGUAAUGUGUUAGCAGGAUCAUAGUUAUAAUGCAACUAGCCUUAUGUUUAACAUUUACAACAGGGUUUAUUAGCUGAAUAGUGAAUUGUGAUGUUGAAAAAGAAUUACGAGAAUUUUAGGCCAAAAGGCUGUGAUGCAAAAAAAACAAAAAAAAAAACUCAUUCACAAUGUGAUUAUUUUGAUCUGCAUUUUACAAUUUAAGUUUUAAAUUUACAUGAUUCACAAUUUAGUAAAUGCUCAGUGUAUAAGUGAAAGUUUGGUGAACAUUACUUUCACUGUUCAAAAAUGAAACAAACAAAAAACCUAUAGAAGUCAUUCGAAUAAGUCACUCUCAUAAAAAAAUUAAAACCCAAUAAAAUCCACACUGCACUUUUUACUCUUUUUCCCAAUCCCAGUUCUUUAAUUACUUGCUGUUGCUAGAUUUAGGAUAAAAUGUAGGCAUUCUUUAAUAGCAAAAUUGCAUUAUAUUUCACACUAAUAAAAGCUAUGCAAAGAGCUAAAACAGUCAAGACCGUGCAGAUUGUUUGUUGUGGUUAGGGCUGCUCUUUGGUUGACAAGGGAUAGAAAAGAGGCUGAAGAAUAGUGUCUGGGUUGAUGUGAGAUAUGCAUGUCCUUAAAUUGUUUUAUAAAUGGCAUACCUCUGAACCGAUAAAAGAAGUGAUGCAUAAGUGAAAUAUUGAAUGAGCAGCACAGAGAAAAUAUUUUUUUUAAAUAAGCACUGUAAAAAUGUUAUGCUGUUUUUGAAUGGAGACAUGUAUUGAGGGAGAUGCAGUUUAUUUAGCAUGUAGCAGAGAAAGCAGAGGGGUCUCAUUGCUGUACCCAUGAGACAUAGUAGAAAUUAAGACGAAUGUAGUCAUUCCUUUAGGUAGCUAUAUGUCAAAAUUGUCAAAAGGACAAUAGUACUUAAGAUGAAAAGCUUGUAAAAAGGAUGUACUAGCUUAAAGAUGCAAGUGGCGUUUAAUGUCAGAUUCUGUUAACUGAUUAGAAUUACAUUUUAUGUAAACGAAUUAGCUUCGUGGGAGGGCUGGCAAGGGUAAUUGCCCCACAGCCUCUAGCAAACAGGCUUUAUGGGCUGUAGCCUCAGAGCACCAUUGUUCUGCUGAUUAAAAGCAAGUAGAGAUAGGAUGGGAUGUCCGUUAGCAGGCAACUACAGAAGUAAGGCAGUAGACAUGGAUUGUGUAGGCCAGGGCCUUUGCUAGUGUGGGUUUGCGCUUGUGUUGGUGACCCAUAUUCCCAGUGUUCUCCGUGGCUGGACUGGCACACUGGUAAUGUUUCCUGUGAGAAAGCAGUACCCGAGCUCCCUUGCAAGACUAAUGCGUGUAUAAUAUAGAGAUGCUUGCAAAUAGCUUCUGGAUGAGCUGAGACAAUGUUGUGAAUAGAGUCAUGUUGAUCACUUAGGCAUACACAGAUUUCUGUCAAUGCUCCCUCAUGCUUUGUAGAACAUAUUUAUUCACACAAAGAUCCAUGAAAUUUUUGUGCAGGCCAAUAGUUUGUACUGACCUUGUAUAUUGACAUAGGUUGCCAGCCCACCUCAGAAACACAUUGAUAAAGAGGUUAAAAUGCUCCUUUUGCAAUACAACAGUCCGUUUUAGAAUAAGAAGAUAGUGUAUUAUACUGUCAACACUUCUAGGCAGAAAAUAGAGGAUUAUCCUGAAAUCCAGAAGUUAGAGGUACAGUCUGGCAGCUUAAUGGUAAUACUAAGGGUAAGUUCCUAGAAAUAUAUAUACCACACAUUUACUACUCACCAAUUCUAUUUCAGUGUAUUUUAGAGAAGGUGUCAUGGUAGAAUAAGGCAUGCAAAAAAUAAGAGAAUAGCAGUAUCUUAUGAUACCCUUUUUAUUUAAUGUUUAUUCCAACCACUUCUGCUUUUAGAAGUGGUUGUCAUGCAAGAAAUCUGUAUGUGCAGCAUUUCAGCUCGAAAGGCUGCCUAUACAGAGAUAUUUGUACUUUUGUGCCAGGUGUAAUAAUACCUUUAGCACACGUGACCGAGUCAGUGUUCCAGACUCUAAUGUGAGUCCUGUGCCAAAUAUACACCAGCUGUCACUCAGCUCAACUCAUAUACACCAGCUGUCACUCAGCUCAGCACAUGUAAAUAUACACUGCACCCAUGCAGGGUGCUUUCUCGAUUUCUGAUAGAGAAGCAUUUGAUUCAGGAUUUCUCUGUCAGAAUGAUCUGACUGGCAGUCACGGUGCUUGAAGUGCAUGCACCGUAGCUCUAACAAUGCUUCUCUAUGAGAAGCAAUUUGAUUGGACCUCGGACCAAGAAGCAGUAAAGUGGGAUGGCAUGGAUGUAGGAGGGGGACACUUAAAGGGAAACUUUGCCCCAGCUCUGGAUUUAAGGUAAGUGCAUCAAGUGCAUUUUAUUUUAUUGGAAAAUGGGGGGCAGUAAUUCCCAGUGACCCUAUGCUAAGACAUGAGAAAUAAGUACCAGUGCGAAAUGGUAUUGCAAUAAAUGGUGCAGCUGGUGACUAAUUUAUGCCUACUAGUGUUAUUCAACAUUGUGCUUAAUUUAUUGAGAGCUCUAAUGUGUCUUGGCCCUAGUGGUCUUAAAAUAGUCUAUAUUCCCAGGUGUGUGAAUCGCGGAUAAGAUAUUAAUGUUUACCUUACAAAGCACGGCAAUAAAUAUAUACUAAGAAGAUUAAGCAACUUCCCCCCCCCCCCCUUUUCUUAAAUCUUGCACUGCCUUACUCUAUACUAAAUCUGGUGUAGAACUAUUUGAAAAAAUAAAUUAAACUAUACUGAUUUUAAAAUAGACGGGGAAUUUAACAUCUAGUUAUCACUCUGCAGAUAAACCUCCGACUUCUAAACAGAUUGGGUAACAGAGAAAUCAAGUUUAUGUAUUAGGUAAUGUGUCACAGUUGUUCAUGAAGAUAUAUAUUACUUCUGAACGUUCAUGUUAGGAAAUAAAAUUCCUAUUAUUUAGAAAUUUGGCAAGGGGGUGUAAUAUGUGGCUGUGCGCUUGCCAGAAGGAUGUGAAAAACCAUUAAAAACAUGUCCUUAUUAACAUGUAAAGACAUUAAACACUAUAUUUUGCCUUGUUUGGGUCUGUUUUUUGGGGGUUCUCACACUGAAGUGAGUGGACGCAUGUCAGUUAUUUGUCUCCAGGCAACCUACAUUUGCAGGAAAGUUAUGGAAUGUCUGUACAACAUUCCAAGUAUCACAGGAUAAUUAGGCAAUGCGUUAUCAACAGUGCCAGGAAGCCAAAAUUUAGGUCAAGGUCAGACAACCUUCCUCACUCCAGAUGCUCUCACAGCUAUAAUUCUAGCAUAGCAUAAGGAGAGAUAUAGUCCACAACAUCUGGAGUGACGAAUGUUAGCUACCGCUGGUUAGGUUCUGGGGAGGGGGAAAAUAUUUUAAAUUAACAUCCACAAUCUCUGUCUUGCAUACACUAGUUAAAAAAACAAAGUGGAGAACACAUGAAGAAUCGUCCACCACGUUAUUAUAUUAUAAGGUAUCGUCCACCACGUUAUUAUAUUAUAAGGUUAUCGUCCACCACGUUAUUAUAUUAUAAGGUAUCGUCCACCACGUUAUUAUAUUAUAAGGUUGUAUAUUUCUAUUUACACCUUAGAAGUGAUUACUUCACCUGUUUUGCAUUCCUACUCAUCUCUUUUGUUACAUGAAGAAUCCAUGAAAAAAACAGCUUAAAUCCCGAUUGCAUUUUCUUCUGAAAGAUCUUUACAACCAUAUCUAGCAUUGCAAAAAAAAAAAAACAGUUGGCCAUUCAAAGUCUUCACCUCGGACUUGCUAUGGGGGGGGGGACUGUUUUGUCCGAUUUGUAUAUGAAGUUUAUUGCAAAACAACUUUCAAAUUGCCUUUAACAAAAAUAUCAAAUGUGUUUUGUUAAUUUGCCAAUUUAACAGACACUAUAAGCACAAGCACAAUUUUAGCUUAAUGAAGCAGUUUUGGUGUAUAGAUCAUGCCCCUGCAGUCUCACUGCUUACUUCUCUGCCAUUUAGGAGUUAAAUCACUUUGUUUAUGCAGCCCUAAGCACACCUAUACACUUCAUGUAUAGAGAGAUUAAAUUUUUUUAACUUGUUGUGUUGUUUAGUGUGUUUAAUUUAGAAUUAAUCUCCUGCUUAAUUAAAUAACACACAAAAGGAGUCUUCUGUGUGUUAUUUAAGUUUAGUUAGAAACGAUCUUCUAACUUAAACACAUGUAUAUCUGAAUGGAAAUUAAACCUUUUUUUUCAUGUUGGCAAUGCAAUUUACAGCCACAGUGGCUAGUGCUCGACAAACUAAAAACAAAUUGCUUUGACACCUCAAUGGCAGAUAAUUGAGAAGUGAAAUUGCAGUGGCAUGAUCCAUACACCAAAACUGCUUCAUUGAGAUAAAGUUGUUUUGGUGACUAUAGUUUCCCUUUAAAUGUAUAACUGAUUAUAAAGAGGAUCUCAAUUAAAAGUAAAGGCAUCUUCGAAGGAUAGGGGUUCCAAUACCGGGAAUCUUUUUGGUACAACCGGUACAUUUUAACCAAUCUGUCUACAAUAAAUGCAGUUUUCCCAGAAAAAAAAAAAAGGUAUGUCUCUUAAGCUGUUCACUUAUGUUACAGCAUUUCUAAAUAAACUAUUUUAUAUCUGUGAACUUACAUUGAAAAAUUACCGUUAAGAGAUCAGUGUCCGGAAACAAGGCACAGACAGCUGGGAGAAGCUGCACUCAUUGCUUGUCACACACCAAGGUGGCACAUGGUAGCAGAGCAGUUAUUCAGUAUCUGCCAAUAUUGUGAGUAAUGGUUAGCACAAAUUAAAAUAUGACCACCAAGCUGAGGGAUCUCAUUCAGAGACAUUAGAAUUAGAUUAAUUCUCCCAUGUCCACUGUGGUUGUGGUAACAUAAAAGUAUUUAAUUUGGGGGUAAACGAACAUGCAUCUUCUGCAGUAGUGCUGGAUGUUUACCCUGCCCUGCCUGUCUGAGCAAUACAGUGUGUGUUGUGCAAUGUGAGGGUGCAGCAGAAGGUAACUGGGUUACUUGGUAUCGGGGGCCAAAAUUUAUGUUGGACUUUGCACGUCACUCUGCACUUCCAACCCCCUUUUGUUAAGUAGAUUUUACACACAUGCAUAUAUACACACAUUGAUGCACAUAUAGACUCAUAUACACACACUCACAUUCGUAUACAUACCCGUAGGGCAGGGGUGUACAAAAAGGUAGAUUUUCAGAUGUUUUCCAACUACAACUCCCAUGACUCUUCUCGUGCCUUUAGAAUGACAAAGCAUCAUGGAAGCUGUAGUUUGAAAACAUCUGGAGAUCUAGCUUUUGUGAACUCCAGCCAUAGAUUGUAUGCUUGUUUGCUCAGGGCAUUCCUCAUCCCUUUCUCUAUUUGUAAAGUGCUGUAUAAACAUAAUAUAUAGACCUUGUUUUUUUACAAAGAGGACCAACCAACCCGAUGCCUGUGACAGAAAAGCACUGGUAGAAAAGUGCUUCAACCCCCGCCCCCCCUUGGUUUUUAUGCCACAGGGAUAUCAUCUGUAGGCCCACUGGAAUACAGUGCAGUUUAAAAUACGCAUCCCAUAAAUUGCUUUCAGAGGGGCUAAAAACUCUACAGAAGCUCUAGGUGCGGACCUCCUAACCCUACUCUGAAAGGAGGAAUGUCAUGACCUGCAGGGUAGCACUGGCAUCACAAUGUCACUCUGGGAGUGAAAACAGCCCUCUAAAGAUUGACAGGCCUUUCCUGUAGUCUAACAAUGUUUUCACUGAUUACAAUCUGUACAAUGUAUGCUGCAGCUGAGUCCUUAUAAAUUGUCUUCUUAAACCUUGACUACAUGGAUACCAUAGCCUACUCCACCGAGUCCACCUACCUCGUGGUCUUUAAUUCUUACAACCUAAUAUAGCUCUGUUCUAUAACUUUUUGUAGCUUCUUAUAGUUUUUUUUUAAAGUGUAGUUUUUCUAGACAUUCCAUGUUAUAUUCAUUUCACUGUAUUGUUACCAAUUUUAUGAUGCUUGUGUACCAAACUAUGCACUUCAAAAAUAAAGAAGGAAAAAACAAAAAAAAACAGCCCUUGUCUGAAAAGGUGCC